GUUAGCCCCGCUCCCUCCUCCUCCUCCAUCCCAGCUGGAUCCUCCCACCCCGGGCUUGAUUGGCAGCCGGGGAGAGAGGGGAGGGGGUGGAUUCUGUGCAUCUGAGCGACAGCCGGCCUCUCACCAUCCUCCCCGCGCCCCCUCCACCCCCGCUUGGGUCUCUCCAGGGAGGGAAGCCGCGGAGAUCCUGGAGCGGCAGGUGCAGCCAGCCCCCUCCCUCAGCACCAGCCUCCUCCGGCAUCCUCCACCGGGACCCCGCGCAGCUCCUGGACCACCCUCGCCGCCACCGCCACCGCCGCCUCUCCAGCCCUGAGCUCAUCCAGCAGCAUCCGCACGGGGUAAGCGAUGGGUCUUUUCUCUCCGCUUCCAUUUUACGCCCUCCCUCCGGCUCUCCUCUCCCGCAGAGAGCCUGUUAAGGCGAUUACUGGGGGGCUGAAAAGGGGAAUGGUGGGCAGACAGAGGGAGAGAAGAAAAAGAAAGAGAGAGAGAUGAAAGGUGAUACAUCCACCCUACUAGUAUUAGUUUUAUUUUUGCCCUCCCCCUCAUUCCAAAUUUGGGACGCCACAAGGGACACCACCAUUGAAUUGAGGCGUGGUGCAGAGUUCCCUUCGGGAAGCGGACCCUCGAGAGUUGAGUAGCUGCCUGUUUGGGCAGCCCAGGGUUUUCUGCUACAUCCCCUUACUCCUUGGAUGAUGAUGAAGAAGAGGGAAAUUAUGAAAGAGGACGCAGGAGCCACCUUCAGCUCCCUUCCCCUGCUUGGGAUGUCUCCCAUGUGAGUUCCAGGGAGGGUCUUUUAUAAGUACUUUCUUGGUGUUUGCGGAAUGGGAGGAGUUUCCCUGGGGCGAAGGGGUAAGAGGAGCGCCCCACACAUUCCCCCCAUGGUUGAGAAGGGGGUUUAGUCCGACUCCUUCCUCACUUGCAGAGGACUCCUGGCAAUCUCUUCCUUCUGUCCCCUGCUCUAUAAAACUCCACUCAUGGGCAGAGGCUCAUUCAAUGGACAGUCGAGGGUGCUUCGUCUGUCCUCAGCAUCACCAUUGGAAGCAGCAGCAGCAGCAAUGCUAAGCAUUUGUGUCGCCCCCGCCCCGAAUAUACAAAUCGCUUUAGUUAUAUUAUCUCAGCACGCUUUGCAACCACUUUGUAAGGUGUAGUUUUAUUAUAUAUCCCGUGUUGCAGGAAGAAGGAUGUGCUUUGAAGCCUAAUCCUAGCAGCAGAGGUGAAAUUUUGAUUCCAGCUGGGGUUUCCCCAAGUUACUGUUCAGUCUCGCCAGCUCCGUUUAGGGUGUUGUUGUUAUUCCUGUUUCAUAACUGAAGGGAGAAAAAGACUAUGAUGGCUUCAUAUACACCGUCUCUGGCGUUUGUGAGAGUAGAUGAUAAUACGCUGCCAGCAGGAAGGGUGCCGGGGAGGGUUGUAAUGGUGUUUCCUCCCUCUGGGCAAUGGAGAGAUUUGCCUCUGUUCUUCCCCCAAGUGUCUUUCCGUCUACCCCCCGCCCCCCAUGCAAACACAUGCACAGCAAGCAGGGACAUGCUCCUUUGAUUUCAAGUUGCAAACCCACUUUCUUUCACGGCCCAUAUCCAAAAAGUAGGGGCAUAAUUUUGAGGGCUACCUAACAUCUUAACUCGAGGGAUCUCAGAAGAGUCACCUCAGAGGGUGGGUUAUUGUUGUUCUUUUAAAUUGUUAGUCGCCUGCAUCGUAAAUGAAUCAGAGGGCACGAGGGAUUUAAGACUGAUGAGCUGAGGAUUAAUAGAAACUGAGAGUGAGAGAUAGUGGAGUGAAGGGAUAAACACAGAUGGAACACACAGAAAUAAUGCAUCCUUCAUGUGUCUCUGCCAUCUCCCCACCCCACCCCACCCCACAAAACCCCUUCUAUGCAUCAGAUUAUGAAACAAACUGAAAAAGAGCAAAAGUAAGGAAUGCUAGGGCAGACGGAAGCAGAGAAUAUAGAUGAUGGCAAAAUCAUCAAUAUAUUGAGAGGAAAUGAGUUGGGGGUGGGGAGAGAGAAAUAAGCAAAAGACAGAAGAUUGCAGGUAUCUGGCUCAAUCCAUUAGAACGAUCUUCCAGAUUAUUGGGCAGGUCUGAUGUUGGAAAGGACUGUAUCUGCCAUUGCUAUUAUACAAGCUGUUGUUGUUAAAGGAGUUGAUGGUCUUCUUGCCAAAAUCAGCUACAGAUACUCAAAGCAAAAAAAGGGAACAAAAGACUCUUCCCUAUCCAAGAAAGCUUUUUAUGGUGGUACUGAUAGAUUUGUGGUUUGCUCCAGAAUAGUCCCAUUAACAGAACUCCAGAAUAAAUGUUUUGAAGGUUGUGGACUCUCCUUCCUUGGAGGUUUUAAAGCAGAGGUUGGAUGGCCAUCUGUCAUGGAUCCUUUAGCUGAGAUUCCUGCAUUGUAGGGGGUUGGACUAGAUGACCCUUGGAGGUCCCUUCCAACUCUACAAUGCUAUGAUUAAAGUGUGACCACACAGGGUUUACAUUUUAAGUAUUUCUUUUAUAUUCCACCUUUAUUUUCUCAAGGUAGCAUGGUUCUCCCCCUCCUCAGUCCCCACAACAACCCUGUGAGGUAGGUUAGUCUGAGAGGCAAUGACUGGUCCAAGGUCACCCAGUGAGCUUCAUGACUAAGUGGGGUUUAGAUCCUAACCUCUACAUCCUAACCUGACUCUUUACAGCUGCAUAGAGUAAUUAUAUCGGCCCCAACUAUCAUGUCUCACUUGGCUAUCCCAGUUGAUCUGCCUUAUUCCAACCCCUAACCCCCAAUUGGUUCCUAUACCUUUCAGAGCUGUAUGGCAUGGGGAGGAUGAACAGGUGCAGAACUUUCCAUGACACAGCUGUCGUGGAUGAAAAACCCUCACCUGCUGAACUCCUCUGGCUAGUGGUGGUUCAGAAGCAUCUUUCACAUGCCAGAUGUUGACAACCUUAGGGCUGCUUCAUUCAUUGCACAAGCUGAAGUUAUACCUGUAAAGGAUAUUGCAAAUAAGUGCAGCAAUGUAAUAUAUUACUGUGGUGGUGUAUGUUUGCAAGACUGUGUGCUAUGUAGAUACAAUACUAAGGGAACUGGGAUUGGCUCCAGCUCUGCUUGAGGGUACCCUCAGUUGUAUGUCCAAUUUACUACAACCUAUUGUUCAAAAUCUAGGGACGCGGGUGGCGCUGUGGGUAAAACCUCAGCACCUAGGACUUGCCGAUCGCAUGGUCGGCGGUUCGAAUCCCCGCGGCGGGGUGCGCUCCCGUCGUUCGGUCCCAGCGCCUGCCAACCUAGCAGUUCAAAAGCACCUCUGGGUGCAAGUAGAUAAAUAGGGACCGCUUACCAGCGAGAAGGUAAACGGCAUUCCGUGUGCUGCGCUGGCUCGCCAGAUGCAGCUUGUCAUGCUGGCCACGUGACCCUGAAGUGUCUGCGGACAGUGCUGGCUCCCGGCCUAUAGAGUGAGAUGAGCACACAACCCUAGAGUCUGGCAAGACUGGCCCGUACGGGCAGGGGUACCUUUACCUUUACCUUUUUAUUGUUCAAAAUGGCUUUUACUUAGUGUCUCACCAGCACUCUUACAGGCCACCAAGCAAAUGUGCUUGCGACUGCUUCAUUUAGAAGUGAGGGCCAGAUCUACCUCUGGGGUAAACUAAAAAAGGUAAAUGGGGGCCUUUUUAUACAAUACAGUUUUCACACAGAAAAUCUUUGUUAUUAAUUCAUUGCAUUUAUGCAUUGCUUACUACAUUAAGGUCUCAAAGGGACUUACAAUGGCAAAAGCAUUUGUAACACAAAAUGUAGAAUACGUAAAAAAGAUAAAAGAGAGUCAUUAACUAAAAGUGCUCAUUCUGCAAUAAUAUAAAAAAGUGCAAAUCCUACCCCAGUCUGCUAAAAGAUGAACACCUAUGUAGGCCAGGGUAUCUUCAUACCAUGUGACCCCAAUUAAGAGCCUAAUAUGUGGAAUGUCAGGUGAGUCAGGAAUGUCUUUGGCUGGUGCCUAAGAGUUGAUAAGGAUGGCACUAGGCACAUCUCUCUGGGGAGAGCAUUCCACAAUCCAGGAGCCACCACUGAAAAUGCCUGUUCUUCUGUUACUACCCUCCACAUACCCCUCAGAGGAUGCACAUGAAGCACUUCAGAUAACAACCACAUGUAUGCAUGGCUUCACACAUAAUUAGCGUUCUGAAUACAUUACCAAAGAACUUGUAAUAGUCAAAAGCUUAGAUCUGGGAUAGCCAAUGUGGUUCCCUCCAGAUGUUGGUGGACUACAAUUCCCAUCAUCCCUGACUGGCUGAAGUUGAUGAGAGUUGGAGUCCAAUACCAUUUGGAAGGCACCAUUUUAGCUAUAUGGCUCAGAUGGCUUUAUAAAAGGGUGAAACAAGGUCGUGGAGAAUAUGAGAAUUUAUAGCGACAUGAUAGCCAAAUUAAGACUCCAUGUUUAGAGUCUUAUCAACAGAAGCUCUGAACCAGCAAAGGAGGACUGAUGUCUUCACGCCCUGCUUGCAACCUUCCUGGAGGCAUCUGGUUAGGCACAGCUGGAAUCAAACUGCAGGCUGGCGGAGCUUUGGUCUGACACAGCGAAGGCUCUCAUUCUUAUGUUGGAUAUAACCUAGAUGUCACUUUCCAGAUUAUCAGCACCAUUUCUGUCAUCCAGUAGACAAGGCAGUUUUCAAUUUACAUUUCCGUCCCCUAUUACUGUAUUUGCAGUGCCUCUAAUUGUCGUGCGUUGUUGCUUUGUUUUUGGUAUUAGUGAUUUGUUUAGUGAUGUUGCCUCCAGUGUAUGGUGCGUGGUUCCCCUUCCGAUCAAAUCACAUUUCUUUAUUUGUGCUUGUUUAAAACACCAUAAAUGCAGUGCCAUUUAUCUGGGGUUUUAUGGCACUCCAUUCUUCCAUGCUCACUUGCAUCAGCAAAUAUGUUCUCCUGCACUUGUGCCUUUGUGUCUCUCCAUUGCAUUUCCACUUCAAGCAUUUUUCAGAAACGUGCAUCUUGAUUUAAGUCCUAACCCAUUUUAAAUUUUCUCUCUUUUUUGCAUCUUCAGUUAUUGAAGCACUCGUGCUCUCUAUGCUCCUAACCUCCACUGCCCAUAACCUUAGUCAGUUUAUUUAUAUACUGCGUAUUCCACUAACACAUUUGUUCUCUAAGUGGUUCACAGAAGACAGCCAAAAUACAAUAGCACAAUAACCACAAUACAUACCUAACUAUGGCAUAGUGCUUAGCUGUGGACAUGGAAUGACUGGAGGCACAAAGUGGUCAGAAAUCUGCUCAGCAUUUAGGAGAAGAGUUGUCAUUCAGUGACAGGGCAUAUGCUUUGCAUGUAGAAGGUCCCAUGUUCAACCACCAGCACAUCUAGACAGGAAAGACCCUUUUCUGCAGACCCGAAGAACUGCAGCUGCCAAAGAGCAUGGUCCAUAAAUGGAAAGCUUGUGGCCCCUCCAGCUGUUGUUGAACUAUAGCUUCCAUCAUUCCUGACCAUUGGCUAUUCUGGCUGGGCCUGGGCCACAGGUUACCCACCCCUAGUACUGAUCUAGAUGAGUCAAUGAUUUGGUAAAAGGCAGCUUCAUAGUGUUCCUCUGGUGGGAGCAGAAUUUAGUUUAUCAGAGACAAUAAAAUUUUGAUACCAUCAAAUAUGUAAUAUGUCAGGAGUUGAGCAUAGGCACAAACCCCUUGCUUUGGGCUUAUGUAAGCUGGUAGCAGUGAUGUAAAAGAUGCAUGUGUGUGCCCAGAUGAAUGGAUGAAUGGUAGGGUAGGAUAUCAAAAUGCAGAGGUGCUGUCCUAGGUGCUGAAGUUCACAUUCUCAUAACUGUACCAUAGAGCAAGCAUAUAUACCGUAUUGAUACUGAAUGUUUUUGAAGAAUAGUUAAGUAUUAGGAUAGUAACUGUGUGGGAUCUGCUACUGUUUAUUUCCAAUUUCUGCCAUUCAAGGUUUUUGGAUUCCUGCACCAGGCGGUUCAUGCUGAGCAUUCCUCUGUACCACAGGCUAGUCUCUUGUUCUGUUUGGCCGUUCCACCUCCUGUGAUAAGCCUAUGUGUACUUGAAUAGCUAUAGUUUUAAGUGGCUUGGGCAAAAGGUCUGCCACUCAAUCUUAGCUGAAAUGUAAAUAAUAAUAAUAAUAAUAAUAAUAAUAAUAAUAAUAAUAUCUUUAUUGUCAUUGCCCCCUUCGGGGACAACGAAAUUACUUGACUGCUCCAUAAAAACACUAAUUAAUCAAUACAGUAUAAUACAGCAAGGGAGAUUAGAUGACUUUCAAAGUCCGGGCUUCCCAUUCAGGGCCGAGAUCGCUCUGGAGAAGAAGCUGUUCUUAAGACGGCUCGUUCUUGUCUUCAUCGUCCUGUAUCUCCGUCCCGACGGCAAGAGCUCGAAGAGACAGUGACCAGGAUGCGAUGGAUCUUUUACUAUGUCCAGUGCCUUCCUAUGGCACCUUGUGGCAUAAAUCUGCUCUAAGGUGGAGAGUGGGCAGCCAACAAUGCUCUCUGCUCUACACACAAGCAUACAGUGGCAAGUGACGCUCAGACAGCUUCAUUGGUGGAGCCAACUGAUGAGCAAACGAUAUAUGUCUUCUGCAGAUGCUGGUUUGAGUCCCUGGUGGACUACUUCUGCCAAAUGGGAGGCUGUGCCCACUUAGACUAAAAGGGGAUUAGAUAAUAGGCCUAUCAAUGGGUGUUAGGCAUGACACAUGUGAUGUGCAACAAAAUGAGGCAGCAGAUCACUAGCCCCCAAGAGGAGAAAUCUGGGAGUUUAACAUAGUUGUAUCUGGGCAGUAAAAUAGGUCCUUUCUCUGCCCCUCCAACAACAAAGGGGGUCCCUGAAGCAAUCUCACCAGAACAUCAGUUACUAUUAACACCCAGAGGCAGCAUGACUGCUGUUAGGCAGCAAGAACGUGGGAGAGCUGUUGGCUUCUUACUCUGUUUUUGUAGAGCAUGUGGUUGACCACUGUGGGAUACAAAAUUCUGGACUGCACAUAUCUUUUGUUUCUUGCAGCAAAGAUUCUGCUUAUGAUCUUACAACCAUAGCAAAUGCAAAUUUAAACAAGGCAAUUUUUUAUUUUCUUUAUUUUAUUUUGUUAAGGCAAGUUGAGGACAUUUGCAUGGUAGGAGCAAGCCCUACCCUCUGGACCUACUCCAGAACUCUAAAGGAACUUAAUUACUAGGAAACCUUCUCCCACCAUUAUAUGUAGUUAAAACACAGUAUUGGCCGAAGAAAAGUUAGCUAUCAAAAUGAUGCCAGGUAUAAAGCCAUUUAUCGAUAAUUAUCUAUAGCCAUUUACCAGUAAGCUCCCAGGUUGUUGUCAGUGGCACUAUAUUCCAUUCAUAAUAUGGUCUGUUUUUGAAUUUUCUAAAAGAAGAAAAAAAUAGCAGUGGUCUCAUUAAUUUUAAAUGGCAUUCAGUGUGUCAGUGACAUUUUGGAUAUAUAUCACUUCUUCAUGAUCAACAGGUAAGGCAGCAAAUUCAUCUUAAAAGCAAUGUGAAUUUGGACAAAAAACCAAUGCAGCUGUUAACCAGCAUUCUUUAAACUUUUUUAAAAAAACACUUUUUUGCAUGAAUUAGCCUGUAUGAAUUCGUAUGAUCUCAGAACCCUUUUAAAAAUCUGGACAAAGCUGCAGCACUCUCAGAGAGGCACACUGGGUCUCGGUCAGAUUGAAGAAUAUGAGCUGCCUUAUCCAAAUGAUGAUCUAGCAGAGAGGUUUGAAUUCCUCCUGGGUCUCAGGGUCCCUUGUGACCCCAAAACUGCUAGCAGUGGGAGCUGCUGCUUUGAUUAUUUCCCUUCAUGCUGUUCCUGUAAUGCCAGAAGCCCAAAGUCACAUGGAAGGAGCAAUGCCAUAGAUUCUACUGGCAUACAUUUUUAAUAUAACAUACAUAUUUUAUUCACACAACUAGGAACUUCUGACAAAAGAGGGUUGCUACAGCUGCAACAUGUGGAGCAUAAAUUGCACAACACCCUUCUACUUAGAGUCACAGAAUCUUAGAACUGUAGAAUUGAAAGGGAUCCCAAGGGUGAUCUAGUCCAACCCCCGGCAAUGCAGGAAUCUCAACUAAAGCAUCCAUGAGAGAUGGCCAUCCAACCUCUGCUUAAAAACCUCCACGGAAGAAGAGUCCACCACCUCCUGACAGUUCCACUGUCAAACAGCUCUUACUGUCAGAAAGUUCUUCCUGAUAUUUAGUCAGAAUCUCCUUUCUUGUAAUGUUAAGCCAUUGGUUUGGGUCCCCUACCCUCCUGAGCAGGAGAAAACAAGCUUUCUCCACCUUCCAUGUGACAGCCCUUUAGAUAGUUGAAGAUGGCUAUCAUAUCUCCUCUCAAUCUCCUCUUCUCCAUAUCCCUUGUUGGAACCGGAACCGGAGCCCAGAUUUGUAAGUAGCUCCAUCAUUGAGUAGCAAAACACAUGUGUGCGCUUUUCAUGCAGACGUUCCCAAGCUUAGUCUCCAGUUAGAAGUGGCAGGUGGUAUGAAAAACCUUUGCUUGAGUUCCUGCUGCAGAUUAGAGUCUACAAUUCAAGACCAGUUGGGCAGAUAGUUUGACUUGGUAUAAUGGAGUUUCCUAAGAGCCUCUGUGGUGUCAACAAAUCUAGUAUUAGCAAGCCAGGAAAGGCAAAUUGCCCAGGCAGGAAAGAAGCAAUUAAAAGAAAACCUUAGACCAAGUAUCCAUCCACCAGUUGCUGCAUCAGCUCACAUACCUGUCAAAGUUGUGGCUUCUUGUGGGAGACAAGCAUUGUCUAAGAAGGGCCUGAAGCGUUUCUCUAGGCUUAUGGCCUACAAAGUUGAUCGGAAAAUGGAUUCACGUAACAUCCUUGUUUCUCUUCAGUUUUGAUUUAAUUUAUUUAGGCUUUCAUCUCAAGCUCUCAGGGGCUCUCUGUAAAUAUUUAUGAUGUUAUGCAAAAGAAGAAGAAGCUGGAUUUCUCUCCUCAAAUUGCUCACAGUCUAAAGCAGCUUUCCCCCAAAUUGUUCCUAGCCAGAUGUUUUGGACCACAACUGGCUGGGGCUGAUGAGAGUUGUUCAUCACAACAUCUAGCAAGCACCUGAUUGGGGAAGGUUCAUUUAAAGUCUGUAUCUAUUUAUGAAUCACUGAUGUGAUUCAUAAAACCAGUGUCUUAAAUGCAUGUCAGUAUCAGUCCUGACAAGGCUCAAACUGGGAGAGAAAAUUACAUGUAAUUGUUAUGGUUUUAAGCAUUCUAAAAUGCCAUCUUUGAGCUUUGGCCAAAACGUGAGCCCCACCCUUUAAAGUGUUCUCUGGCAUAUUUCCAAAUGCAGAACAAGUGUUGGAUCAAUAUCUAAUACAAGGGCUUUUCAGCCUAAAAUUUAUAGGUUGUCAAUUAAAAGAUAACAAAAAAUAACAGAACGAAAAAUAACACUUCUGUGAUUUCCAUUUUCCCCAUACUUAAUGUGGGCAUAGGCUACAUUAGAGCAUUUCUAAGGACAUUAUUUCUGCUAAAUUGGUUUUAUUCCAGUAAACACUAAAUGGCUGCCAAUUUAUUUAUUUUUUGGAAAUGACUCCCACAGUGCUUAUGACAUGAGCUCACUGCAUGGAGGGGGGCGAGGAGUGAGUAUGAUGCACACGUUUGUUUUUUCACCGCUCUUCCAAAAUAUGGCUUGUGACCAGAAGCUUGACAAAAGCUUUUACAGCAAUCUGAGAGUAGUGUAAUGCCUUUGGUUCUUAUUGCUGUACCCAGACCCCUUUUCAGGCACCUUCUUAGCUGGCCCUACUGGCAAGAGGCUCAGAGCUACUGACCAUAAUAUCAUUGAAUGCUACCAUGAUACAGCCUAGUACAUGUGCUUGAACUUCCAUACAAAGCCACUAGAGCUUGAGAAGACUGACACAGCUACACCUUCUGAUGCUUUUGUUGCUGCCACCCAACAACAGUGUGGUGCAAUGGGAGUGAUAUUCUCCAGCAGAAGUCAUGGGCCACCUCUUACCUUUCCACUUCCUGCCUGAUCUGCCCUUUCUCUUACUGCUCACCAGUGCAUCCCAUAGCUUCUCAGAAGCAGACACGCAAGCAGAACCAUUCUGUCUGCUCACACUUGUGGUCUUCCAGACCUCUCUUGAGCAGCCACCAAGAGGGAGCAUUUGUCUACAACCAACAGUACCGGUUAUCUUGCCCGUAACUCAUUUCAGGUGCUUUUAUGGAGCAAGGAACUCCAGACACCUGUACCUGUCAUCUCCUGGAAGCAGCAAAAGCCUUCUGGGAAGCAGCGGAGUAGGCAGGAGAAGGUUGAGAGCCAGAGAAGGACCAAAUGGGAAGCAUCUUUUCAGCUUCUGCAUUAUCUGCCUUUCUGAGUAAGGGUCCCCACUUAUGGGUCUCUUGCCUUACUUCUGUCCUGGAGCUGUGCUUGCCAUGCCUUCAAAAUGAUAACCACAUCUCUCUUAUUGGUUGUGUGUUGUUAGCAGCUGGACUAGUUAUGGCCCAGUUUUGGCAGUAUUUGGAAGGGACAUCCUUAUCAAAUUGGCUUAAUAGGGUUUGGCAAUUGACCAACAAAAUACAACUAGCUAGGUGACAGAGACACAAAGACUCAUUUCCAACUGAUUGGUACUGUUUUAUUGAUUACAUGAAUAAGAAGGGGGGGGCCUGAACUUUCACAGGCAUCCUCCCCCCUCCAUUUCUCUAAGCUAAAUCAUAUUCUAUGCUUUAGACCGCUGGCUGUGUGUUCUUAUGUUGCACUUUCACUGUUUACCUUAGGGUUUCUUUUAAGGUACGGAUGCUAUUUUCAAAAAAAGCAAUAAAUCUCAGACAUCUGGUUGGCAUGCCAUAUUUGAUCAAAUACGUAUUUUAUAACUCCUUCAAAUAGCAUGCUUAAAAACGAACACACCUAGAAUAUAUGGAACCUCCGCUUUCUCACUACUUUACUAUGCAAUUUUGCAAGUGCAGAUCCCCUCAGUUGGUAGAGCAUGAGACUCUUAAUAUCAGGGUCAUGAGUUUGAGCCCCGCAUUGGGCCAAAGAUUCCUGCAUUGCAGGGGGUUGGACUAGAUGACCCUCGUGGUCCCUUCAACUCUAUGAUUCCACCAUAACUAGCAUUCAAAAAUGUGGAACCACCACCAGCAUUCUGAAGUGCUGGAGUAAAGGUAAAGGGACCUCUGACCAUUAGGUCCAGUCGUGGCCGACUCUGGGGUUGCAGCGCUCAUCUUGCUUUAUUGGCCGAGGGAGCCAGCGUACAGCUUCCAGGUCAUGUGGCCAGCAUGACUAAGCCGCUUCUGGCGAACCAGAGCAGCACAUGGAAACACUGUUUACCUUCCCGCCAGAGUGGUACCUAUUUAUCUACUUGCACUUUGACGUGCUUUCGAACUGCUAGGUGGGCAGGAGCAGGGAUUGAGCAACAGGAGCUCACCCCAUCGCGGGGAUUCGAACCGCCAACCUUCUGAUUGGCAAGUCCUAGGCUCUGUGGUUUAACCCACAGCGCCACCCACGUCUCCUGAAGUGCUGGAGUACAUUCUACCAAUUUACAAGUCUACCACCUCAGCUCACUGCAGGCACCUUGAGCCACUGAGAGUAGAAACAAAUUAUUAGAACGGUCUUUCUCAGCAUAGGGCCCUCCAGGGUGUUUUGGACUACAAUUCCCAUCAGGCCACGCUGAUGUUUCUGGAUGCUCACAUGCAGAAACGCAAAGAGGAUGGCCACCCCGAUUUACCAACAGAAUAUUUAUUCCCUGAACCUUAUGUUGCCAAAAUAGCACCAUCCAUUCACAAGAGAAAUGUAUCAGCAGGCUUGGGAGAUGUUUGCAGAUGCAUACAACGUUAUUUGACGGGAAAACCCUAAAGUGGGGUGUUGAUGGGCUGGGCCACAAAGCAACCCGGUGAGAAGUGAGCAUGCUCAGUGGCCACAGAAAGCUGAGUGACUGAUAGGAAGGGGGCAUGGAAAAUGUGGCUGGAGGGGGAAAUGGAGUGGGAUCCUGGGCAGCAACAUUUUGUUGGAGGCCGCACUUGCAGAUAUAUUAACAGAAUUUUUGCAGGCCCCCCAUUUACAGAUAUAUUAAGAGUCCUCUGCUUCCAGCAGCAGUCUGCAGCGGUCCACACCAGCAACUGAUUCUUUUCAGAAUCAUUCCAAUGAUUUGGUUCUGCUCUCUGAGUAAUCGCUCCAGCAGAAGCUACUACUAUUUUACGCCAUGGUGGCUGAGAAGGGGAGGGAAAUGAGUCAGCGUUAGAAACAUCACAGCCUCGUAAAUGAUUACUAAUUCAUGGAGGCUGAGGCACAACCGAGCCGUGAGGGUGAAGUUGCAGCCAGCUUGCUGCUACAAUUUUCGUAGCUGGUCCAUCUCCUCGCCUGCCACUCACGAAGGAUUACUUUUGCCCGUGAGCUAUGUGGUUUUUGGUUUCAGUCCCAAACCAGGGUGUUAGGUGGGUCCCUGCUGUCCCUUAACCUGCCUCUUAUUUUGUCAUAAAGUCUCUGGAAUAGAGCAUCGCAGCAGGAUCUUUCUUCCUCCCUAGCAUUCGUAGAAAAUAAAAACAGCGAGUGGGGAAUCCUGCCAGAAGGAGUCCAAGCAGAUCACGUGGCUCCUGUUUUCUUCUCCUUUUAUGUGAUUAUUAUCAAUAAUUUACUGAGCUCUAUAAUACUAUAAAUUAAGUCAACGGGACAGGCUGUUAAGAAAGAAGCAGGUAUUGCAGUGGCAUGACUCACACAAGGAUUGGCCCCCACACACCCUACUCUUUUUAAUUCAUUUACAUCUACAAAAUUACAGAGUCAGGCAGGUUUUUUACAACCCUAGCAGGAAAGUGGAUGAUUGCUGGAAUAAACAGGAUUGUGGAAUUAAUGUGUCAGUGCUGGGGGACAAUGUGGUAUUGCUGAAAAGAAAAGAAAUCUAUGCAGAGGUUCGUGGGAAUAAUAUAGAUCUAGGCUAAAUACUGGGAGGAGAUCUAGAAUUCUGUUUAGCCCAACAGAAAUUAGGUUUUGAAUAAUGGUGUGUAAAUCAGCAUACUUUACUCUGUGGGCAAAAAGGUGUUGUGGCUAGAAGCAUUGAUGUCAAGCAUGAGAGCCUGAGAGCCACAUUUAUUCAUGGGGGACUGUCUAAGUGCCACCUGUCAUUGGUGGACAUGGCCAAAGGAAAGGAUGAGAAUCUUUCCUUUAUACAAUAGGAUACAUUCUAGGCAUGCAAAAGUUAGAGGCUGUAUACACACACACACACACACACACACACACACUCCUUUCCAUCCUCCACCCAGGCAGAUAGUAUCAUAGUUGAAGGCCACAUUCCAGUCUGGCAGAAGCAUUUGAGUAAGGUAGGGAACAUGAACAAAAGGGAAAAAAUAGAAAAUCUAUAGUCUUAGGAAGCUGAGUUCUGCAUUCUGUAUUAUGCUUUUUACAUUUCCAGCAUUUGCACACAAUUGCAGGAUGUCCACGUUUCUUUCAUAUUCUUUCACCCUGCCUUACUUUGGUUGAUGCUUUCUGUGGCCCCUCGCUUUGAUCAAUGGGCCAAGGAAAACAGAGAAGUGGAGCAGCGAGUUGCAAUCCUUCAUAGCUGUAUAACCAGUGGGAGACCUUGAUCUUGCAUUAAUCAGACCACACAGCUCACAAAAGGAAGGUGUAGUUCAUUUGUGGGGAGGGAACAAAAAUCACAUUUGAAAGACAAAUGUGCUCACCGCUUUGAGAGUCUCAGCUGUGUUCUUUGUGUUAAAUCGUCAUAGGAAAUGCUGGGAGGCUACUGAAAGGAGGAACUUUUAUUAAGGAAGGAGGAAAACAAACCUCUUAUCUAAGUGACCUGUGGCAAAAGGUCUGAAAAUGAAAGAUGUCACAAUUCAAACCUGCCUUUGCUGAAAAUGAAAAAAAUAACAAUUUCAGCAUUAACUUGAGCAAGAGGCACUGCAGGGGAGAGGAGCCAAAGCUUCCUGGUAGGAGGGCCGGCCCUGUUAUUAGGCAGACAGAAAUGGCCACUUCAAGGCAGUUAAUUUGGGACUUCAUUAUUAUUGUCAUUUGAGUGCAUCCCAUUUUGCUGCUUGAGGCAAAAUGGGGAUGCACUGCUGCGCUGCAUCUGAUCUUGUGUGCUCCAUGAGCUCUUGCAGGAAACUGGUGCUGCCACCAAUGCACCACCUCAUGGGCUUCUGCCGCUCAAGGCUGUUGCCUCACCUUGCCUCAUGGGUGGACCGGCCCUGGGCACUUGUGAGAUUUUCUGACUCAGGCACCAAAAUAACUUGACUGGUCUUAGUCACUACGCACCUUGAUUUGUGGGGAGCAGGUGCUAUUUGCUGCUCAGCUUCAAGCAGCAAAAUACCUUGGGCUGGUCCUGCUGUAUGGCACGCCGAAAGUUCCAUGCUCAGUUGCUAACAUUUCCAGUUAAAACGAUCUCUGCUUGAGACUAGGGAGGGCUGCUCUCCAAAAAGAGGACACAGGUUUGCAUCGAAAAGCCACAUGUAAAUCUGUAAGUAUAGAUGCAAAUUUGGAAAUAAUUUCUAUAAUUUAAUGGAAAUAUAAUACUCCUUGGCGGAUUGGGGGAGACAGUGACUGUGUGCCUGCACAGUCUGCUUUCUGGGUUGUCAAACAAGCAACUGCAAGACCCCUGCUCUCCCUUGCUAUGGUUUUAAAAAAUCUUUUAACCAGCUUUGUUACCAGACAGUCCUUCAAACAGAGGACUGUGCUCCAUAAAUUAAGACACACAGCCCCCCUAGAGCUGCAGCCAGUUAGUCAGCAGUACUGGACUAGGCUAGACUCCUAUAUUCAUCCCAGACUUUGAAUUUUAGAUUCCUUGACAUAAAAAAAACAUUUAGGAUGGAAUUUCUUAUGCAGCAAAUCAGUGAUCUGAUGGCCAUCAAAAUAUUAAGUGCAGAAUCAAAUUACAUGGCUGACGCACCGAAGAGUGGAUAAUGAGUGGAUGAGUAUCCUACUGAAGCAGGCAUUCCACAUUUUCUCUAGUGGUUGGUAGCUGAAGCUUGACUCAUGUAAUUUUAUUGAAGACAUAUUGAAUUGCACAGCUGAUGUCAUGCCUUUGCCUACAUUAGAAAAGCUGACCAAAAAAAGGAAGCAGAAACUGCCUCACCAGGCUGAGAUUUUACCAGACAUAGAGCAAGAGCAAAAACCUGUGGAAUAGCUCCAAGAGGGCACACACUGGGGUGCAACGCUGCCAGAGCCCCCAAAAUGUUCUACUAGAACACAUGGGGUAGAUGUUCUGCAACAGAAAACGACUCUGCAUUUUGCCAACAUAUGUCCAUUCAUGGGCAAUACUACAUGCCUCAAUGUAUACAUGCCUUAUUUUCAGAGGUAAAUCAUAUGGGUUCUUUGCACUCAGAAGGUCCAGGGUUCAUCCACUGGCAUCUCUAGGUUAGAGGAAGGAGAGGUGUGCGGAACCCUGGAAAGUUGUUGCCAGUGAGUGUGGCCCAGAAGUAGGCAACAUGAUGCCCUCUAGAUAAUUAUAACUCCCAUCAUCCCUGGCUAGGACUGAUGGCCGUUGUAGCCCUACAACUAGGGUGGGUGCAACCAGCCCACAUCCUCCUCCUCUUCCCACCACCUCUUCCGUUUUGUGUUGAUGAAAACAGCACCUGCUUCCUCCAUCCCAUUCCUCCAUGUAUUUCAUGCUCUGCCCUGUCUGAGCCUCACUCUGAGAAAGGGCCAAUGGGUUCCUUUCUCAGAGUGAGGCAUUCUGGGCAAGGAAGUCUAGAAUGGCUGAGCCAUUUGCUAUGACAGCUUGAGCGCAGACUUUAAAAAUAAUUUCUUGCAACUUGUUUAAGCGGCAUUUAUAGCUGCUGGGGCAAAGGACAGGAUUGGCAAAGGCAUUCUCCAAGACACCUCACCCAGAAUGCCUUGCUCUGCGAAAGGACCCCAUUGGCCAGCCAGCCUGCCCAGUCCACGUAGGAACGAGGAGAACAGGGAUCCAAAGGGCACCCCAUGCUCACCACCUGAGACAAUUCUGCUUCAACCUUGGCUCAUCCUUGCCAACAUCAGAAGGGCACAGUGUUGCCUAUCUCUGGUGAAGACAGUACUGUGCUAGAUGGACCAAUGGACUGACUUGGUAUAAGCCAGUCUUCAGUGCACUGUCCUGCCUCAUGCCCUUUCCCAAAGUGCAAAAUGUCAUUUCUGAGAUGGAGUGUGCAAAGUCAGUCACUUGUAACUGAUAUCUGUGCAACAUGACAUUGUCCUCUGUCUUACCCAAGUUGAUUGAUUGCUGGCUGGGGAAUGCAAACACUGUGCUAGAGUUUAGGUAUUUGCAUUUCUAUCCUUCCUCUGCCUGAAAAUAUUAAUAGCUUGUGUUACCUGGAAGAGGUGUACUUACCCAAAUGUAUUGUUUAGUCGUUUAGUCGUGAUCGACUCUUUGUGACCCCAUGGACCAGAGCACGCCAGGCACUUCUGUCUUCCACUGCCUCCUGCAGUUUAGUCAAACUCAUGCUGGUAUCUUCGAGAACACUGUCCAACCAUCUCAUCCUCUGUCUUCCCCUUCUCCAUGUGCCCUCCAUCUUUCCCAACAUCAGGAUCUUUUCCAGGGAGUCUUCUCUUCUCAUGAGGUGGCCAAAGUAUUGGAGUCUCAGCUUCAGGAUCUGUCUUUCAGUGAGCACUCAGGGCUGAUUUUCUUAAGAAUGGAUAGGUUUGACCCAAAUGUAUAGGGUUCCCAUAUUUCAAAAAGCAAAAUUCCUGACACCCUGGGCAAACCUCCCUGCAAAAUAGUGAUUUUAAGCUUUUUCCAUCACCUUACCAUACAUCCAGGUUUUCCUUGACAUUUUGCCAGUUCUACAAAAUUCCCCCCCGAUGCCAUUUUUACUCCCGAAAAAAAGGACAUGUCAGGAAUUUUCCUGACAUAUGGCAUGCCUACCAAACGUAGUGCUUGAUGCCUCAGUGACUCACAAGACUCUGAUUGGCAUGAUGCACCGGGGACCAGAGAACUUUGAUCUAGUUGGCAAAGAUCAGUUGGGAAAGUGCCUUGUGUCCAGAUCAGUAAAGAAGGGAGCAGCAGGGGACUGCCAGAGGUCAGUGACAGAGCAUAUGCUUUGCAUGCAGAAGGUCCCAGGUAUAAUUCCUGGCCUUCUUAAAAAGAUCAGGUAAGAGGUGAUGUGAUGGACCAGGUUGGGUCCUGGCUGCCAGUCAGAGUAGUCAGCACUAAGCCAAGUAGACCAAUGGCCUGAGCCAGUGUAAGGCAGCAUAAUAUGCUGAUCUCAGGCUGGUACCAACAGGAGUCCCUACUACUUAAGGCAACUCUUUCUCCAAGGGGGUGCUAAUAUGGGCAAGAAAUCCAGGGCAGACAGCAGCUAAUAAUUCUGAGACUUGUUUCUGGACUCAGAAUCUGACUAUAUAAUGCUUUUUCCAGGAAGAGCCUUAAGCUCAGUGGCACAACGCCUGCUUUGCAUGAAGUAAGUCACAGGUUCAAUCCUGGCAUCUCCAUCUGCCCAAUCUGCAAUCCUGGAGAGCCGCUGCCAGACAGUGUAAACAAUACUGGCCUAGAUGCACCAAUUGUGUGAGGUGGCAGCUUCCUCUGUUCCUGUCAUUCCAAAGUCUGCAGAAGUGGUUCAAGGGGAAAGCAAGGAAGGGAGAAGGAGUUGCUCCUCCAUACUGUGCUGGUUCCUGUCCUAUUGAUCAAUCCAGUAGCCAACAAGAUCUUAGAGAGGCAGGACUGGUUGUGAAAAGUAUGUCCAAUUUUUGAAGUCACAAACAUCUGGAAGAACUUUCCCACAGUGGAACAGACUCCUGCGAGAUGUAUUAGACUUAGAGGUUUCUAAGCAGACGUUGGAUGGCCAUCUGCCAUUGAUGAUCUAGUUGAGAUUCCUGCACUGCAGGGGGUGGGACUAGAUGACCCUCAGGGUCCCUUCUCCCUCCACAAUUCUGUGAUUCUAUGAAAAGCUCAUCCGUUUCCCACUGGCAGCUCACAGGAAAGAAGCUACUUCAAUGAGCACGAGAGGAACAAGCCUCUGUGCUCAUUUCUCUCUGCCAUUUAAUUCCUUUUUAGCAAGUCCAUGACGUAACUUGUUCCACAGAUGCGGCUUUAGCAGCGACCAGCCUUCACUGUGUCUUAGUACAAAGACCAUCUGCUCCAGCCAGCUGAGGGUCAGCUGCCAGUGUCACCAGUGACUAAAAUAGCCCUGCAUCUCUCUCUGUCUCUCUUUCCAUCUCCCACCUUCACAUUCUUCCUGCACCAUCAGCCGCCAGGUAUGGCUGCCUUUCUGAAUUCUGUACAUGGUUCAGCUUACCAUAAGCAACGUUCAGCUCUCCUCCUGUCUAGCAGGCUGUAGUGCAGGCGAUGGGUAUCCCUGGGGACAGAAGAUACAGGGUUGGGUGGGUGGUCAGCCAGAAUGCAACUAGUCUGGAGGCAAUUUCGGGGCCCUUUGAUAUAUGCCUAGGUAAGUCAAACCAAUUGCACAUAUCUGGAGGCUCAUACAAGUCAAGCUAGUAGCCAGGAUGGCUUUAAGUGCCGCCAUGGCAACAAAUCGAACCUUCGCUGAAUAUGAAUAAUGCAGGAAAUGUUUCCAUAGGUAAAGAUGAUUUGCGCCUGUAAACAUGUUUCUCUCUCUCUCUAUCUGCAAUAUGAUUGCUGUUUUAGUUUAAUUUUCCCUAAUGAAGAAUGUUGUUGUGGUGCAAACAACCCUUUCCUAAUAAUGUCUGGCAUCACAGCAGUAGGUGGUAGACUUUUGAUUAAUGACAGUGAGAAUGGAAAAAGCCAAUUAGAAUUCAAAGAGAGAUGGUUUUCUUGUCUCUUCUUGGGCUGUGGGGGCCCAUGGGCUGACAAAGUGUUUUUCUUAAGCUUUUGGGUAUCAUUGUACAAAUUUUGUGUUUAUCCACUCAUAAGCCCAUUUAUUCCUAUUUCUGCAUCAAUCUUUCAAUUUCUUUUUUAAACUCACACCAUUUUUUCAUAAAACUUGUAUUUUUCAGAGUUUUUUUCCAUUAAAAAAAUACAUAUUUGUGUAUCCUGUAGUUUGCUGAGGGUACUGAGAGUUGUGAGGAGAGUGGUUUAUCAAUCGAUCCCUCUUCCCAGGGAAGUCUGGGAAUUGUAGCUCUGUGAGGGGAAUAGUGGCCUCCUAACAACGGGUGGCGCUGUGGGUUAAACCACAGAGCCUAAGACUUGCCGAUUAGAAGGUCGGCGGUUCGAAUCCCCGCGACGGGGUGAGCUCCCAUUGCUCUGUCCCAGCUCCUGCCAACCUAGCAGUUCGAAAGCUCGUCAAAGUGCAAGUAGAUAAAUAGGUACCGCUCCGGUGGGAAGGUAAACGGCAUUUCCGUGCGCUGCUCUGGUUCGCCAGAAGCGGCUUAGUCAUGCUGGCCACAUGACCCGGAAGCUGUACACCGGCUCCCUUGGCCAGUAAAGCGAGAUGAGCGCCGCAACCCCAGAGUCGGUCACGACUGGACCGAAUGGUUAGGGGUCCCCUAACCUUAACAACCUUUAAGCACCCUUAAUAAACUACAGUUCCAAAGAAUCCAUGACUGUUCAAGUGGAAUCCUAGUGCUUUAAAUGCAUGGUGCAGAUGUGGCCUCACUUAUUGGUCUAGUAAAUGCAAAUCACCACCAUCAAGGAAAAGAACCCUGUGGGUUGGGCACCAUCUUUGGAAGCAAUUUGCAAAACCAGAAAUGAACAAAGUUUUCUCCAGGAAAAAAUAAACCUGUACAGCCUUCCCCUUCUCCCCCAGUGUUUAAUAAAGCCCCACACCAAAGUGUUUGUGCUAUUUGCUGUGUUUAAUAGGCAAGAAGGUAAUUAGUGGAUGAGUGAAAAAUGUAACAUUUGGCCAUAGGGAGCAUUAUACAUCUUUGAGUUUUCUAUGUCCCCACAGUGGGAUGCUUUUGAGCUGAAAAAGACAGACAUAGUUUAAUUAUAAAGCACUCAGUUGAAACCCAUCCAGAUGUUUUAAAUGUCACUGCUGAAGUUAUGAAACUGGUGUCUUUGGGUGCUCUUUGAAGCCACACGGCUUAAAACUCUGAAUGCACUUAAACUGAGCCAGAUCACUGGCUCAUUAUGCCUGCUCCUGUCUGCAGUGACUCUGCAGUGUAGUUCCCACUAGCCCUGCUGUCUAAGAUUCUUGCUUAAAAAUAGCAGGUACCAGGGGCUAAACCAAGUGCAGCAAAGCUAUGUUCCAACAGUAAGCUAUGGCACGUGUCCCCCGUUCUCAGAAAGCACAGUCAGUAGCACACUGGACUAGGCCUCCCACAUUGGAAGUAAGAAUUCGACCACUUGGCUAUGAAUGAAGAGCUCAGCCUUAUGGCUAUUGGCUGCUAGUUGGGAUGGCCAUCUGCCGCAUCCAGGAUCAAAGGCAGUGUGUCACUGAAUUCCAGUUGAUGGGGGCAACAGCAGGAGAUGGCGACUGUGCUCCUGCCUGCCUUUGAGCUUCCCACAGGCAUCUGGUUGGUCACUGUGGUUGGAAACAGGCCUAUUCAAUAGGUCUUUGUUCAGGUGGUCUUAUAUCCUGCUUUAUAGAGCACAGUCCCUGAUUUAAAGUCCAGUCCUAGCCCUGUUGAAAGAUAACAAUGUUGAUGGGCAUUGGUAAGAGGAUAUAUUAAUUAUAUCUAGUCCUCUACAGACCCAUGUGUGUGUGUUAGGAAACCAAAGAAGAAAUGGCUGGUACCUGGGUUUUUUAGGAACGCAGGGCUUGUGCAUAAAGAGCCCCAGUAGCAGAGUUACAAUCCCAUCGUUAGGCAGAUUUAGUGAAGUGUAGGAAUAGGCUUUUAAGCCUUAUUUUAAUACACUCCAGCUACUUGAAGCGGUUGGCUCCCUUUACCUCUCCUGCACACCAUACGUUGAAGGAAGUUUAAAAUAUAUUUUACUUACAGUCAUGCAUUGUUCUUAGCAGCAAUGAUAAAUUUCUGGUAAAUGUUCUUGGUUGAAAAGUACCACAAGGGCAGACAUAUGUCUGGGACAGAGAGCUAAGGUGUGGGAUCCGUCACAUGCAACGCGAGAGGGGGGAGGGAGAAAGAGAACAGGAAAUAAGAAUUAUUUCUUCCCUCUCAGGAGAAGUGGGAUGUGACAUCACUGAGCCUACUCUAGCAAUUUAGAAGUCUGUGGUUCUUAACCCUUUCACAUACUAACUCUGUCCUGAACUAGAGACUCUUGGCCCCUUGCUAUCUAUUCUGAUUGGCAGUAAUUUUUUGAAGUCUUUUGUAGGACUUGAGCAGGACAAUAGCACCCUCCCCUUUCCAGCAAUUGGUAUUCAGAAGCAUACUGCCUUUAGCUGUGGAGGCAGAGCAUAGCCAUUAUGGCUAGCAGCUACUGAUAAGUCUUAUCCUCCAUGAAUUGGCCUAAUCCACUUUUCAAGCCAUCCGUCGUCUCUGCGUGCUGUGGGAGUGAGUUCCACAGUUUAACUAUGCACUGCAUGAAUAUGUACUUUCCUUUGUCUGUCUUGAGUUUUUCAACAUUCAUCUUCGUUGGAUGUGGACGAAUUCUAGUGUAAUGAGUGAUACACAGAGAGAGAAAGUUUUCUCUAGCCACUUUUUUCUAUGCCAUGCAUAAUUUUAUAAACUUUGAUCAUGCCACCUCUUCCUCACCUUUUCUAUAAACUAAAAAAUCCUAAAUGCUACAACCUUUAAUCAUGGGGUAAAUAUUGCUUGAGGUAAAUAUCUGGGGAAACUCUCUAGGUUUUAGACAACCAACAGCAGUCAACUUAACGCCAUGUUUUUGCUAACUUGGCUAAAUUUCUGUAUGUAUUAAAAACACACAUUUAGAUACAAAGGAGGAAAAUAGUUUCUUUUUAGCCAAAAAUGAAAAAAGAGAGAAUUGUUUCUUCCUCAGGCAGCUGGAAAGAUAUUGUUUCACACUACCCCUUUCCUAAACAGUGAAAAGUUCAAGGCACCAUUUGCCCAGUAAAUAUCAUUUGUGGAAGAGAACACAGAAGAAAUCUUGUUACCUUUCUAGUCAUCUAUGUCCAAAUAUACAAAGUAAUCAUUGCUCAAGCACAAAAAGCAAUAGGUUGCAGAAGCAAGCACACAGACAGUGUAUCUACAGCACAGUCCUAUGCUUAUUUACUCGUAGGUCAGGCUCAUUAGCUUCAUAUUCCCACACAGUGUACGUGUGCAUAAGUUUGAAGCCCAAGUGUAGAGCAAUUAAGUGCUGAAAAUCCAACUGAUGUGCAUAGAUGUGUGAUCCAGGCCUUAUUGUGCUGCUGACCAAUUGCUCCAUCCUUUUCAAAUAUAUUCUGAACAAUAGCACCAAGUGGGCAGGUGUCAAGCGCCCUCUCAGCAGGACCCCCAAACCCAGCAGGGCUCUCUUACCACAUUUUAAAGUAAGUGGAGUAAUACAUAUUAUCAUCUAAUUACCACACACACACACACACACACACACGACUAUUAAGUCCAAUGUUUAAAAUUAUGUAGCUUAACCACUGAUUCUGAGUGCCACGUAUCUUGAGUAAUAAUAAUUUAAAAAAAUUAUUUAUAUCCCGCCCUCCCCAGCCGAAGCCGGGUUCAGAGCGGCAAACAACUGUAAAAAUAACACAGUUUACAUAAAAUCACAAUCAAUUAAUUGAAAUACAUUCUAAAAUCAAUUCAUUCUAAAAUCAAUUCAGAGUCAAAUUAAUGGCAACCAUUGGGCUAGAGUUCUAUGAGGAUUACAGAAGGAGAGAGGGGGGUCAGACUGUGCCUUGGCCAAAGGCCUGGUGGAACAGCUCUGUCUUGCAGGCCCUGUGGAAAGAUGUCAAGUCCCGCAGGGCCCUAGUCUCUUGUGACAGAGCGUUCCACCAGAUUGGGGCCACGGCCAAAAAAGCCCUGGCUCUGGUUGAGGCCAGCCUAACCUCCCUGUGGCCCGGGAUCUCCAAGAUGUUUUUAUUUGAAGACCAUAAGGUCCUCCGUAGGACAUACCAGGAGAGGCGGUCCCGUAGGUACGAGGGUCCUAGGCCGUAUAGUAAGGAAGACAAGGAAAGAGAAGCCAACUUCAUUGCUUCUGAGAUUCCUACACUGCAGGGGAGUUGAACUCCAUGACCCUCGGGAUCCCUUCCAAUUCUAUGUUUCUGUGAAAACACCACAUGAACACCUAGCAGGCCUAUAGUAUGGGACUUAACAAGAACACCAGAAGCUGCCCAUUACCAGGUCAGAACAUUAAUCCAUCUAGAAAUUAGUAUUGCUUACACUAUACACCAAAUGUGACUGGUCCUCCAGCAUAUGCUGCUCACGUAUAUAUUACUGUAAUCUUGGUUCCUAGGAGUGGGAUAGUAACGUUCCAUGGUCCCACUUACUUUCAUUCACACAGGAAUAUAUUUUCCCCCUCUUUCUCCCUUUUUCAUAGGAUCUCACAAGGCGAAACUGAAACCCAGGUUGUUAAAGCUGCAGUUUACAAUCACACCGCAGUGGCUUUGAGUUGACAUGGACCAUCUCUGAAACUGACUACCUGUCUGCUAAAGUCUAUGCUGUCAGACUUCGUUACGAGAGCUAACUGAACUCUGUGGUUUUCGUUGGCCUUUCUUUCCAUCCCUUGACAUCACAAUGAGCGGCAUCCUCUCGCACUUGGACCCCCGGCGGAUCCAGUGGGGUGCCACAUGGUAUGCCAUGCACUCUCGAAUCCUCCGCACCAAGCCAGUGGAAUCCAUGCUGGAGGGGACAGGCACCACCACAUCCCAUGGGACCAAACUGGCCCAAGUGCUCACUACCCUGGAUCUGGUUUCACUGGGUGUUGGAAGUUGUGUUGGCACCGGGAUGUAUGUGGUCUCUGGCCUGGUUGCUAAGGAGAUGGCCGGGCCGGGCGUCAUCGUUUCCUUCAUCAUUGCAGCCGUAGCCUCCAUUUUGUCUGGUGAGUCUUCCCAAACUGUAUGCUUACUAAAUGCCUAUUUACUGAAGAAGGCUGAUUCUAUUUCUCAUGAAUCUCUAGGGCAAACUUUUUAGCUUAUCUUUCAUCAAGCAUUGUCGUUGCUCAUAAUCUAGGGGUUGGGGUACCUUUGUGGGCCAGGGGGGAGAUCUCUAUCCCCACCCCCACCCCUGCAAACCCACUGUGACAAGUGGACAAGUCCACCCAUCUGUCAAUCAUCUUAUAUCAUGAUGGCAUCAUGACCAGCUGAUGAGCUAAGGGUUCAAUCCUGCUGGCUACAGGGGUCAAAGAACACACUGUUGAUGCAGCACCCAGCUGGACUGAACCCUGCCCAUCAGCUGACAUCACUCAGUGUCAUCAGUGAGUGGACAGCUGGAGUUAGUUUGGAGAAAAUGGCCCUGAGAGCCAACCUGGACCACCUGGCAGGCCAACAUUGGCCAUGGGCCAUGAGGUUCCCCACUCUUUUUUUUAAGCAUUCCAGGAAUACAUAUUUUAUAAGCAAUUUGUUCUUUGAAGUAUGUAUGCAUUUAUCUAUUAGAAACCUUUUUAUGCCGCCUUCCGCUUCCUGUCUCCAGGCUGUGUACAACCGUAUUGAAAUACAUGUCAAAACAGCAUUAAACUACAGGAAGAAAAUGCAAUGGAAAACUAGGGCAGAGUUAAAAAUAUAAUAUACUGAGAUCAAACACCAGCCUGGGAGCCCAAAUGUCUUUUUAAAAUUAAAGAGGGAUGGGACGACUAUUGCCUUCAGGUGCUCAAACUGUCAGCCAAAGGUAAUAUGUAAGUCGCUCAUAAGUCGUCAUUUUACUUUUCAGGAAGCAGCAUAAUCGUCUAAGGCUAUUGGGGUGGCACACAUUGGUGUGCAAUGCUGAAUGUUCAGAAUGUAAAGAAAGUAAGCUGUGCUAUCUUUCCCUCUGAUUAAGGACAUUAUUAAACUUGUUUAUAUUACCUGCCUUCCAUUUUAUGAGACCUGCUGAAACUCUCUAGAUGGCACUGACCCUAAAUGCCUCUCUGGGCCUAAACAUGCUAUUUGUUCAAGGGGAAAAAAUGGCAAAAUAUACAAGAGCAAAGUGCUAUUUUUUUAAUGAGUCAACACCUUUAGUAGCACCAACACCUCUGCCCCAGACUAAUGCCAAUGACUAAUAAAACCUUUUGCAUUACCAAGUGGGAAUGUUCGACCAUCUUACAAGUAAGUCCACCAUGGCAUCUGAUUGGUUGUGACUACAGCACUCCGCAAUCAUUCCUAAACCUAACUGGAUAGCAUAAUAACUAUGUAAGAAUUCUGCCUCUAUAUUAAGAUAGAGUGCAGUCAAUUAGAACUAUGCUCCAUUUAAGGUUUAGCUGAACCAUGACCGAAUUUUGUUGUGUUUCCACAAUCCUUUUCAGAUAUCAUGAGAGUUAGCUCAACCACUAUGCUGAGUAUUAAAUCUUUGUAAACCUGGGAUCCCCACCAUGGUAUCCCCAGACCUCCUCUUGGUUCCUGCCUAAACCUCUUGCCCUCCCAAUUUUUAUUUUAUUUUUUUAAUUGAGGACUUUUUUUGGCUUGGCAGGCUGUAUGAUUGGAAGGAGCUGUCUGUUUUAGGGGGGGUGUUUGCUUUGUUUGUCUGUAUUGUAUUUUGGGGGGGUGUAAACAUUUCAACUUUUUAAAUUAAGGGUCUGACCAUCAGCUGUUUUCCUUCUGUAUGUUGUGGUUUCCAAAUGUACCCUGGGCUCAACUGAGGACCAUAGGAGCCAACUCCUAAGGGUCAAGGUCCCUUUGCUCCCCAAAAACAUUUAAGGGUUGCUGCCCCACUCAAGUUGAUGGGCGUUGCUAUUCAAAUGAUGUGCAUGCACUGUGUCUUGUGAUCAGUAAUGUGGGGCAGGGCUUUCUUGGGUCCCCCCAAUAUUUUAUUCAAGUUGACACCCCUGCUGAGGACCAUUGUUGUAGACGUAGACUGUUUCAAUGACCUAGCUUAACUGGAUUUAGUCAAGUUAGAAAGCAAAGAUACAUACACCGUGCUUAAGAUAAGGAUUGCUUAGACCAGCUUUCCCUAACCUGAUGCUGUCUGGGACUGAUGGAAGUUGUAGUCCAAUGACCUUUUGAGGACAUCGCUUUAAGGAAGGCUGGCUUAGACUAUCAGGGGAGUUGCAUUGACACCACCCUUUUCGGACCUCAUGAGAGCCAACAAAUACUUCCAGAGGGUCUCUGGCUAGCAAGAAAGGCUUGUGGAUUACUCACCGGCCACUCCGAACAUGUUUGUAAUCCAUCUCAGUCAAUUAGCGUAAUUGGUCUAGCAAUAUGGUACAAACUGUACUUGUGUAGAUUAAUUAACAUUCACUUCCGCUACCCUAUAAUAAUGAAGAGAGAAAGGACGUUUUCAGGACCCUCUAGGACUGUCAGAAUCUAUUACCCAUUAUCGUUAAAUGGCACCUCAAGGUUUAGAGUUAAGCAUCCUUUUGAAUAUCAGAUGUCAGGAACAAACAAGAGGGGAAGGUUAUUGAAUUUGUACCCUGCCUGCAAGUUUCCCAGAUGCGAUUGGGAUGCAACAUUCUGGACCAGGUUGACUAAAAGAAUGCUGGACCAGCAAGACUCUUCUGUUUACAUGCCUGAAAUUUGAUUGCUGGUUUCAGAGUUGUCUGACUGAAAUUUGAUUGCAGGCUUUGGUUUUUAAAGGAUCACGAUGAAUAAGAAGAAGUAAACAAGUGUAAAACAAAAGUCUCUGAAUCCUGGCUUCAUUGAUUGAAUUUAGCCAAGGGUAUGAAUUGGUCUAUGUAUGUUUUCCACGUGAGCCCAUUUACGGCUGGUGUUCGUCCUUUACAGUUCAAUGAUAGCAAGCAGACACAAUGUUCCAACGCAAGCAGUGGAAGGAGCCUUCUGUGCUUCUGAGGCGGGUUAUUGAUGCUUCAAAUUUGAUGUGGGUGUCAGUUAAGAAAACACUGAUAAAUAACAGAAGAACCUUGAUUUGAAUUCUGCAUUGUAAAUGCAACACAAUGAAAUAUCCCGGAUAAAUUUAGCUUUUUAAAACAAGCUUUUCUCUAAUGCUUUUCUCAAGCAUGAAAUAGUUGUUUUCAUUCUACUUUCUCUUAUGAGAUUGGAAUUUCUCAUCCAAGGUCUACACCUGGCUUGGCUACAAAACAUCAAGGGAAAACAUUCAACUCAUUGUUUCACUUAACUGUUUUUGAGGACUGGGAAUGGCUAACUGGUGCCACAAUGGAUGGACUAGAAGCAACUUUAUCCACUCUGGUGGGACCGAUCAGAUUUUUAUCAAGGUGGGUCAAGACAACAGUGGGCAGAAGACAACUAUGGAUCUGCCAUUAGCUCCCUGGAUGAUUCACAAGGACUUCCGACACCCAGCUGAUUUACUAGUAGCAACUAAAGGACAGUCCCCCUGCCCUGGCUCAAAUUAUACUGCUGAAAUGAAGAAGGCUGUUGAUAGAUUUUGGUGUGGAAGGGCUGUGAGCUCCAUUUAGAUCUGCUGCCUAAAAUAAAUUCUUUGGCUCAGAAUCCUUUAAUUCUAAGUGUAUAUCCUUUGCAGCAGGUUCCAGUUGGUGGAUCACAGGGUCUACUAAAAAAAACCCCACCCAAGUAUUUCCUGAGGUCUGCCCAACCUAGAUUAUGGGCUUAUCCGCAAUUACCUUUCCUCCGCUCUUCCCAGGCACAGUCCACUGCUUAAAGCUCUGUGUCUGAGCACACCCCCUCUUUUGCAAAAAACCAAAACGAAACCCUGACCUAUAAAGCUCAAUAAAAGCGUGAGUCAAUCCGCAGAAAGCCCAAAUUGAUCUUUGCUCCAAUUGAGCACUAAAGAGCAGGUUUUCAUGGAGAAAGCUUGGGGCAAAACAAAAACAGAGACUCAGACACAGAGCUUUUAAGCACAGACCUGUGCCUGGAAAGAGGAGGGCAAAAGAUAAGUAUGGAUAAGUAUUAUCCACAAAGCAUAGAAUCAAAUAGGAUGGUAUUUAUGUGGGUCUGGACCAAAACAUCUGAACUCACAAAGCAGAACUUCAGGAACUAUAAAAUUUAAGAAGGUUAAAGCCUGUUCAGGGGGGGAAAUGACAUAAAUUCAUGCCUAUAAAAAAAUCAACACAACCAGGAGCUAAAACUCUGACUUACCUAGAAAUGGAAAAUGCUAUUGAAUGAAAAGACAAUGCUUUUUUAGGCAUCAGAAUUCUAAAGAAUAAAGCUAGCCAUAAUAUUAAUUCCAGAGUCUAUAUUAGGUCAACCAAAAUGCCAUAAAAUAGUGGGCAAGCUUUUGAAUUCCCCAAAACACUUCAUCAGUUAAAAAAAAAAAUGUGUGGAAGAGGCGAGAAAAGUCAGCUGUUGUUCGUCAAGCCAUACAUGUCUCAAUUUGGCACAUUUCCAGAGGCAGAAUGGGAGGAGCUAGCAGACAUUCAAAUAAGGCACUUUAAGUUUCAGAUGUUUGCAGGUUUCAUGUUGCCCAGUGGCCUCCUGGGAAGAAGAAAUACAUAAUGGCUGCGCCCCCAUCUCUGUAAAUAUAACAGCCAGCUGUCACUGAUCCAAAGUUACUAAAAUGUUUUCUGACGGGCGUUUGUUCUUUUGAGACAGAGAUAAAAAUUAGCCUCUGUGCUAUCAUAGCAGCUGGACUGCAAAAUGUGAGGCACCACCCAAACUGCUGCUGAGAAGGGACGACAGCACACCUUGUCAGAUCACAGUUUCAGGUAGAGCUCACACGACUCAGGUGGUGUUCUUAGCCAGCUGAAAGCGUUUCGGUUACAUUACAAAUUGGAAUAAAUGGAUGCAACAAAGGAGGUCUGUGACUUUUACAUGUUAACGCGUACCAGGAAGGAUUUCUGGGGUACCUGGUAGUUUGUUAAGAGAGCUGGGAAUUGUAGCCCUGUGAGGGGUUUCCUAAGAAUUCUCAGCACCCUUAACAAACUACAGUUCUCAGGGUUCUUUAGGGGGAGUCCUGACUGUUAAAGUGGCACAAGAGUGCUUUAAAUGAAGGACUGCAUGCGAAAUCAUAGAAAGCCAUUCAACUACCUGUUCCUAUGACCUUGGUAGUUUUCCAUUAAGAUAUUACUUGGGUACAAACAACACAGCUACACACUAUAAGCAAGAGUAACACACAAAACUGCCAAUAUUGUAUCUCUACCACAGGGGUUAUGUUUUAAAAAUUUAAGAUUAUAGCAAGUUUGCUGUGUUGGUUAUUCCUUUCCUUCUUUCAUCUUGAUUUGCUUUCAUUCCACUGAAGAAAAACAUUUUCCCAAGCACUGAGAUAUAUUUUUAUAGUCUCCUCGGCCAUUUCCCCCUUUUUGAUCAUUCCUGAGUUUUGUUAUUUAUAACAGCAACGCAUUCUUGGAAAGCAAAAGUGAGGCUGAGCUAGGAAAUCACAAAGCACAUGAAACUGAAUCUUUCUCUUCACCUUCUGCUUAACCUUUUAGCUGCGGUUCUCAUAAGCAUCUGGGAUAUAAACAAAACCUUGGGAUGGGUUCUCAUGUUACUAUUUUCAAGAGCUGUCUCUCUUUUCACUGAGCUAGCCUGGGUGAUCAUAUCUCAGCUUCAUAAACUGAGAUAAGAACGAGCCUUUUCCCAGGACACAUAGCCUCUUCUUCUGCCUGAAUGUGAGCCGCGAUAAAGACCUCCACUAGUGUAACUGGUGCAUUGCUUCACAGCACAAUCAAGGUUUACAGAAUAAAGUUGAAUAGAUGUCAAGAACAAUUCUUUCCAGGUAAAUAUGCAUAAACGUAUAGGCAAGAUUCAGGCCCUCCAAAUGUCCCUAUUUUCCAGGAUGUCCUAAUUUAGAGAAGCUGUCUGGGUUUCUUUUCGUCCCGGAAUGUCCCACUUUUCCUUAGGAUGUCCCUAUUUUCAUUGGAGAAAUGUUGGAUGGUAUGGAGUUAUCUAACACCCGAGCCAUCUGAAGGCAAUCCUAUAUAGGGAAGGUGUGGGUGUGGGUGUGGGUAUAUAUAUAUAUAUAUAUAUAUAUAUAUAAAAUUUUAUGUUUUUGUAUAUGUUGGAAGCUGCCCAGAGUGCUGGGGCAACCCAAUAAGAUAAAAUUAUCUUUAUGGAAUGGGAUGUCCCUAUUUUCCAAUGUCGGAGGCUAUGCAGAUUUCUGGGUUGUGGGCGGUGGUGGCCCAGAAAUAUUUGGCUAGCUGAAGUGGAGACCAAAUAGCGCUCCCUUCCCCCUGCUUUAAAAAGUCUUCCUGCAUCAUAGGGACACUGCCUUUCCUGAUUUCAUCUAUUUGCUCUCUCCGCACCCCAGGGUUGUCUGAAGCAGGUCCUUUCACCUUCAUUUCCUCCAACCUGAUUCCGACAUUCCCAGGGUCUUUGGUAAAGGCUUGUCCCUGGUUGUUUACUAGAACUAUCCCAUGGCUCCUGAGUCUGGACCUACUGCCACUAACUCAUGACCUUGCAGGGGCAACUGCCCAAAAAGGCAACUGCCCUAUCAAUCAUAAGCUGAGUGCUUUCGAGCUGUUCAGCAAAACAUACACGCAAGGACCGGAAAAGAUUUGCCACAGUAGUUCAUGCGUUGGUUACUUCAAGACUGGAUUACUACAAUGUGCCUCACACAUGCACACUUGACCACUUUGAUCAGCAGAAUUGGCAUUGCUGCAGGCGCUAAAUAAUAACCAUUCCCCAACCUGGCCACAGUGAUCCAUGCAACGGUCACCUCCAGGCUUGACUACUGUAAUUUGCUCUACGUGGGGCUGCCCUUGAAGCUGUCCCAGAAACUCCAGCGGGUGCGGAAAGCUGCAGCGAGGCUCCUCACGGGAUCUCUGCCAUGGGAGCAUAUUCACCCAGUGCUUUUCCAGCUGCACUGGCUCCCGGUGGAGUACAGGGUCAGAUUUAAGGUGCUGGUUUUAACCUUUAAAGCCCUUCAUGGCCUAGGACCCUCGUACCUACGGGACCGCCUCUCCCGGUAUGCCCUACCGCAAAGUCCAUAAAUAGCAGCACCCUAGUGGUCCCGUGCCCUAAGGAAGUUAGAUUGGCUUCAACCAGAGCCAGGGCCUUUUCAACACUGGCUCCGGCCUGGUGGAACACUCUGCCUCAUGAGACCAGGGCCCUGCAGAAUCUGAUUUCUUUCUGCAGUGCCUGUAAGACAGAGUUGUUCCACCUGGCCUUUGGCUUGGGGCCAAUUUGAUUCCCUCCCCCUCCUUCUUUUCUUUUUCCUUUCUCCUCCUGUGAUGAGGCUGCAUUUUAAUGUUUCAAUAUUUUAAUGUUGCAUUUUAAUCUUGUUUUUAAGUUGUAUUCAUUCAACUUGUUUUUAUUAUUGCUUGUUAGCCGCCCUGAGCCCAGCCUUGGCUGGGGAGGGCGGGGUAUAAAUAAAAAUUAUUAUUAUUAUUAUUAUUAUUAUUAUUAUUAUCUGUAAGAACCCAUUUGUUUGGUGUGGCAGCACCUGUCCUUUGGAACUCCCUGCCAAUUGAGAUCAAGAGCCACCUUCACUGCCCUCUUUUUGGUGCCUGCUAAAACUUAUUCCCGCUUAGAGAAGCCUGCCCAGAUGCUUAGGAAAGUGAGAUAAUGUUAAACUGCUUUAGUAAUUCAACUCAUGUAUGUUUUAAAGCAGGGUUGAGAAUUUUUCUUGAUUUUAUUGUUUUGUCUUUUUGUAAAGAGCCAGUGUGGUGUAGUGGUUAAGAGCGGUAGUCUCGUAAUCUGGGGAACCGGGUUUGCGUCUCUGCUCCUCCACAUGCAGCUGCUGGGUGACCUUGGGCCAGUCACACUCCUUUGAAGUCUCUCAGCCCCACUCACCUCACAGAGUGUUUGUUGUGGGGGAGGAAGGGAAAGGAGAAUGUUAGCUUUGAGACUCCUUAAAGGGAGUGAAAGGUGGGAUAUCAAAUCCAAACUCUUCUUCUUCUAAACUGCUUUGAGGUUUGUUUGUUUUUACAAUCAAGCGGUGUAUAAAUUGUAAGGCAAAAAAAAGAGGGCACCUAUUGUCCCUCAUGCAAUCCUAGGCUGGAUCUAGACACAUCAAAUAAGCGUUUCAGUUAAACACGUUGUAAACUCUUACAGGGAAAUCCUGUAGGGAAAGACGGGACUCAACAGCGCCAUCUGGUGACACGGUGUUAUAUUGCAUAUACAACACAUAUAAAACACCUUCUUUAGCAGUCUAGUUGAGUCCCUAGCCAUGUUUACUCAAAAAUAAGUCCAACUGAAUUCAAUGGGACUUAUCCCAAGGUACAUGUGUGUAUAGAAUAGCAGUCUCCAGCAUAUUUACCGUGGGGAAAGUAUCAUUAAAUUCAGUAGAUCUUGCUUCAGAGUCGACAUGGCUAGGACUGCAUUACUAAGGAAUUGAAGAAAAGGGGAUUUUAUUAUUAAGAAGAAGCAGCAGAAGGUGCUAUAAAUAGGAAAAUAUAGCCAGUCUUAUGAAAGCCCUAACUAUCCAGCUGUGUUUAUUUGUUCCUGAAUGAUACCAUCAAGCAUAUUAUCAUGCCAGCAAAGUUUUUGUUACACUAUUUAGGAGCUGAGACAUAAAAUAAAUAAAUAUUACCCAUAGAUCCAUUUCCAAUCAUCUGCUUUGUAGGUCUAUUUCAUUCUACCUUAUCUUAUUUUUAAAAUCUACAGCCAUGCCAGAUUGGGCAAAUCUAAUCCUAAUUUGAAAAAAUCUUGCAAAGUCAUGUUAGGUCCUUUGGCUAGAAGCUCUGGUCAUUUUGUAAAAAAUCGGGACCAGCUCUUGGCUUCCUGCAUGAAUGUUUAAUAGGCCAAUAAACAGGAAGCUGUAUUCCUGUCACAUACACAAAUUGAUUCAGAUGCAAAAUAAUUGGGUUUCUGGCAGAUACAUCUGGCCUCAAGGUAUCAGGAAUGCAUUAGAUCUGUGUUGUUUUCCUGCAGAAAAUAAAGGAAACGGCACUUGUCUCCAUCCAAGAGAGACCAAAACAUAUUUUUACUUUGCUAAAAGAAACACAUUGUGUAACGAAGCUCACAAAACAUUAGACUGGCUUCAUUAGAGACAUUAUUAAUGGCAGGCAGCACAUUUCCACCCAUCCACCUCGUUCCAACACAAUUUUCCAACACAAUUUUAGAAGUUACUGGUUUAUCACGAGCUAAAUGACCUUAAUGGCUGCUGGCUGCUGGCAUUUGUGACCCUGGUAAUCAUAGGUAAAGGUAAAGGGACCCCUGACCAUUAGGUCCAGUCAUGGCCGACUCUGGGGCUGCGGUGCUCAUCUCGCUUUAUUGGCCGAGGGAGCCGGCGUACAGCUUCUGGGUCAUGUGGCCAGCAUGACUAAGCCGUUUCUGGUGAACCAGAGCAGCACACGGAAAUUCCGUUUCCCUUCCCGCCAGAGCAGUACCUAUUUAUCUAGUUGCACUUUGAUGUGCUUUCGAACUGCUAGGUUGGCAGGAGCUGGGACUGAGCAAUGGGAGCUCACCCCAUUGCAGGGAUUCGAACCGCUGACCUUCUGAUCGGCAAGCCCUAGGCUCUGUGGUUUAACCCACAGCACUACCCGCGUCCCUCUGGUAAUCAUAGCUGAAUACUUACUAGGGUGACAGGUGUGGAAGGUGGGCAUCACUGAGGAUAGCCUUGUUGACUCCCUCUCUCCUUAACUCCUUCAACACUGGGUUGAAGGACACUGGGUCAUUUGCCCAACUUCUCCAGCCCAGUGUCGGCACCUUGCACCUUCUUCUUCCCUACUUCUGCUGCAUCCACAAGACCACUUUUAAAUUGGCAUCUUAGGACACAUUGUCAGAUGGAAGAUGGAGCCAGUUUGUUUUCUCCUCCUCUGGAGGGUAAGACUUGAACCAACGGCUUCAAGUUACAAGACAGGAGAUUCCAACCAAACAUCAGGAAGAGCUUUCUGACCAUAAGAGUUGUUCGACAGUGGAACAGUCGCCCUUGGGAGGUGGUGGACUUCUCCUUCCUUGGAGGUUUUUAAGCAGAGGUUGGAUGGCCAUCUGCCAUGGAUGCUUUAGCUGAGAUUCCUGCAUUGCAGCGGGUUGGACUAAAUGACCCUUAGGGUCCCUUCCAACUCUACAGUUCUGUGACUGUAUGCCACCCAGAGGAAACCAUUCAGACUGUACACCUGCAUGAUGCCACCUAUCUUAAAGGUAAAGGGACCCCUGACCAUUAAGUCCAGUUGUGACCGACUCUGGGGUUGCGGCGCUCAUCUCGCUUUAUUGGCCGAGUGAGCCGGCAUACAGUUUCCGGGUCACGUGGCCAGCAUGACUAAGCCGCUUCUGGCAAACCAGAGCAGCGCACGGAAACACCGUUUACUUUCCUGCUGGAGUGGUACCUAUUUAUCUACUUGCACUUUGACGUGCUUUCAAACUGCUAGGUUGGCAGAAGCAGGGACCGAGCAAAGGGAGCUCACCCCAUUGCGGGGAUUCGAACCGCCGACCUUCUGAUCAGCAAGUCCUAGGCUCUGUGGUUUAACCCGCAGCACCACCCAACACUGUUUAUUCACCGCCGUCCUAUAUUUUUGUAGAAAAGCCCAGGAGGAUAGCCUGCUGAAAUGCACUGGGCAUGAAUAAAAACUGCAAUACUCUGCAGCCUCUUUGAGAUGGUUUCUCCUUUGUUAUCUUCCCCCGCCGAGAUGCUUCUUGCUUUUCCUGUGUGUGUGUGGUUUCGUGCACGAACGAGCCUCUCUGGAUAACCAAGGCACAGGAAAUUCUGCAUAUGUUCCAUAUGAAAAUUAUAACAGGAGCUCGAAUUACCUUGGCAUACUAAUGAGAUAGCAAUUAGUUACCACUAUGCAUGCCCUCCAACAUUUCUCCGAUGAAAACAGGAAAAGCGGGACAUUCUGGGAUCAAAUCGGAAACUGGGACGGCUUCUGCAAAUCUGGGACUGUCCCUGGAAUAUAGGGACACUUGGCGAGUUCUCAUUUUGCACAUUAAACACAAACCUUGCCUGCCUGCCUGUGGGCUAAAGUUAGCCACCAGCUUCGUUAUGGUUUUUCAAGUCAAAGCCUGGAAUAGAAUACCUGUCUUCAUCAAGGCAUCUGUUUCAUCAAUCUUUCAAGGCAUGUACUUAUUCUCUGGUCUCUUGUGUGUGCAGCUUGCAUGCAUUUUUAAUCAGCUUUGAAUAAUUACUUUAUGUGCAAGUCAAUGGUUGAGGGGUCGGCCGGCGGGGAAGGGGGAGAGGAAUUCGGAUUGGUUCCUCCCCCACCUCAUUCUUCCUUGUUCCUGAUCUACAUGGUAGAAAUAAAAGUCUCAGAUAUCCCCUUGAAAGCUUUCAUUAUCCAAGUGCAUAUGAAAGUGCAUGAAAUAUAGAGGGCCUUCAAUAAAAAGAGCACUUAAUAUCAUCAGCCUGCGCCUUCAUGUGCCAUUUAGCACAUUCACUGGACUUAGUGGGAAAACUGGGGCAAUGUGAAAAUGACAGUCAUUUGAAUCAUCUUCUCAAGAUGUCAGGCUAGUUGCAAACUCAGAAGGACAGAUAGGGGAGAAAUUUGAUUCAGUGUUCAUUCAAAGGCAAACUUCGCAGUUUCCAAAACAAUAUGAGAAAUGAAACCCAGCGAUCUGUCAACAUUUUUGCUUCUCCAGAUUUGCAGCGGCAGUACUCCAGCCGAGUAAUGUGUACAAAAUGCAUAAAUUAGAGUGAAAACGUGCAUAAAAAUGCAUUGUAUUGGGGAAAUCUGCUUUGCAGUAAUGCAUACAUUGGGCAGAAUUGCAUACAAAGAUGUGCCUCUCAGGAGAAAUUGAUCUGGAUACUAUCCUUCUGUUGAUGCAGCCUAGAAUAGCAUUAACUUUUUUGCUGCUGCUGCUGCUGCAUCACACUGUUGACUCAUGUUAAGCUUGUGGUCUACUAAGACCCCUGGAUCCUUUUCACAUGCUAGUAAGCUCAUGGGGCUUACUAUGCCAGGUGCCAAAAUAACUUCAUCAGUACUGGGGUGGAGAAAUUUUAACACAAGCCUACCUAAUUCACACUUCUCAGUAUAAUAUGAAAAUAUAUAUACAAAAAUCCAUAUGCAGGGGAAAGCACUUAUAAAAAUAAGCAAAAUCACAUACAGAAAUUUAUAUAUUAGGGGAAAUGCUCCGUAAAAUGCAGGUGAAUUUUCACGAGGACUUUUUCAAAAAAUCACAAACUGAUGUAUGAAUUGAAUUGGAAAAAUGUGAAAUGGAAAUGGACGGAUUUCUCCAUCCAUUGACCAUGCGUGUGUGUGUGCGUGUGCACAUGCACACGCGCGCCAUUUGUUGCUCUGUAAAUGAAGAGGCUGGGCCUGCUCAUGGUAGCUUUGAAUCAUUCAUAUUCUUUUCAGCAUGCUAGAAGUUCUGACAGCAUAACAACCAUGUGACAGUAUACACUUUAGGAAUUGACUGUGAAAUCAAACAGAAGGCCGGGGUGGGGGGUGGGAGGAACCAAUGAAUGCUCCUACAACAGAAUGGAAUUGGCUAGAAAUUGCAUUCUUCCUACCUGCUUAUCAUACUCCAGAAUGAAAGAGCAGAGGCGGGCAUACACAUUUCAAUUACAGGGUAUUAUUGACCGCUGGGGUUAGUGUUGUUCCCAUUGAUCUAAGUGAUGUUAAUAACAGUCUGUCUCGCUAUCAGAACAGAGGAGGCACAGACCUGAACCAGCAACGAGUCUGCGGCUAUAAACGCCAGGAGCGACUGGUUAGAAAAGAUGGGUUUUAUUGGUGCUUUCAGUAAUUCGUUUUAUUUGUUUUGUUAAUCAAUUAUUUCCCAUAAAACACUCUGAAACGAUUUAAUGAAAACAUCAACAAUGAAAAUAUAAAUGAAAGCAAUUUAAAGUCCAAUAUGGAAACAGAUUGGGGGGGGGGGGGGCUUGUUUGAAAAGGAAGGUCUUUAAUAGAUACCAAAAAGAUAAUAGAAUUGGAGAGUUGGAAGGAGCCCUGGGGAUCAUCUAUAUCCAACCUCCUGCAGUACAAGAAUAUGCAGUUGUCCCAUACAGGAAUCAAACCUGCAAUCUUGGCAUUAUCAGCACCACACUCUAACCAACUGAGCUCUCCAGGCUGAUGGAAUUCACUCUUUCCUGAUAUCUAACAGGAGGACCUCCAAAGGGUAGGUGUUGCUACACUAAAGGCCUGGUUCCUGCAUCAUAUGGAAAGGACCUCCUGACCUUAAGGUGGUCUGCACAGGAGGCUCCCACCUGCAGUGCUCAGUGUUCAGUUAAGUAUUUAAGCAGUGAGAUGAGCAGUUGGCUAUCCUGGUCCCAAGCUGUAUAGAAGGUCGGCAUUUCAAAUCCCCGCAACGGGGUGAGCUCCCGUUGCUCCGUCCCUGCUCCUGCCAACCUAGCAGUUUGUGCUGCUCUGGUUCGGCAGAAGCGGCUUAGUCAUGCUGGCCACAUGACCCGGAAGCUGUACGCCAGCUCCCUCGGCCGAUAAAGCAAGAUGAGCGCUGCAACCCCAGAGUCAGUCACGACUGGACCUAAUGGGCAGGGGUCCCUUUACCUUUACCGACACCUGGAGCACAUUUCCAAGUUAGCAUUUCAUUGGAAUAGUACAUUGUUGUAGUAAACAGCCCUGCUGUUGGGCAGAGUGGGGUAGCUGCCUCACGUAGCCAGCACUGGGUGUCAGUGGCUGUUAACUUGCUCUUCCACCCAUCCUGGACUGCAGUGCACUUCUUUGGAUUCUGGCAGCCUCCAGCAUUCCCUCUACCAAACCUAAUUCUAGACAAGGGAGAAAGCCAACCCUGUGGUUUUAUUUACCUGAAUGGUGGUAACACUGUUACCAAACUCCUGCCUGUUUACAUGCUGUCCGAAUCCAAGCUGUGCUUCCCUGUAUCUCUCCCUUUAGACAUGUAAAGGUAAAGGUAAAGGGACCCCUGACCUUUAGGUCCAGUUGCGGACAACUCUGGGGUUGCGGCACUCAUCUCGCUUUACCGGCCGAGGGAGCCGGCGAACAGCUUCCGGGUCAUAUGGCCAGCAUGACUAAGCUGCUUCUGGCGAACCAGAGCAGCGCAUGGAAACACUGUUUACCUUUCCACCUAUUUAUCUACUUGCACUUGACAUGCUUUCAAACUGCUAGGUUGGGAGGAGCUGGGACUGAACAACGGGAGUUCACCCCGCCGCGGGGAUUCGAACCACUGACCUUCUGAUCAGCAAGUCCUAGGCUCUGUGGUUUAACCCACGGCGCCACCUGUGUCCUAAACACCCGCUACUAAACAUGUCGCAUGACCCUUAUGGCUUAGCACAUAGAUGAGGCACAUCUUUUGGGCUAGGCAAAUCAUGGAAACAGCUUCUAAUUUGAUUUGAAGAGGCUUGUUUAGGGUUCAAGGCGUGGUGGGGGGCGGGUUGGAACUUGAGUCCAGCAGCAUAUGGAGAGUAACAUAUUCCCCAGCCAUGGCCUAGGAAAGGGUUUCUCAAACUUGGGUCUCCAGCUGUUUAUGGACUACAAUUCCCACCAUCCCUGACCGCUGGUCCUGCUAGCUAAGGAUGAUGGGAGUAGUAGUUCAAAAACAGCUGGAGACCCAAGUCUGGGAAACCCUGGCCCAAUAGAUGAGCAGUUGAUGCUUACCACUGCCAGGAAGGGCAGGGCAAGCAAGAAUAAUGGUGCCAUGCCAAUUCCACAAAGGCUAGACUGAUUUAGCACCCCAAGCCUCUUCAUGUGGAUUUAGAGAGAAAGAAAGAGGUAUACAUAUCUUGCCCACUUCUCUAAUAGAGAGGGACUCUUUGAACAAAGAGAGGAACUCUUAAAGGGACAAACCUUUAAGGGCUUGGAUAUUCCUUCACAAGAGCUCAACCAUUUUCUUGUUUUGACGCCAAUUUAUAAGCGAUUACUUUUCCUUCAGCCACAUUUCCUUAUGGUUACAUGCAUUUCCUGUGUCUCUGUCCAGGGGUUUGCUAUGCCGAGUUUGGUGUGCGAGUUCCAAAAACCACUGGCUCCGCCUACACUUACAGCUACGUCACGGUGGGAGAGUUUGUGGCAUUUUUCAUCGGAUGGAACCUAAUCCUGGAGUAUCUGAUCGGCACAGCAGCAGGUGCCAGUGCUCUAAGCAGCAUGUUCGACUCCCUGGCCAAUCACACCAUCAGUCGCUGGAUGAUUGACACCGUUGGGACUUUGAAUGGGCUGGGUAAGGAUUAUCCCGGAUUGAGACUCUUGUCUUUGCCUGAUCAUGUAAGUUAGGCUCCAAGAGGCCAUAGGAUUCUGAAUGGAAGCCACAGCAUACCAAGAUGGUUUGAAAUUGAAAUAUUGUGUGCAUUGAUUCAACAUUUCCAGUCCCCAAGCUUAGGGAAAUGUGCAUCUAAGUUUAAAAAGCUUUCCAGUUGCCACAGAAAAACUUAGUGGCAACUCACUCAGAAGGCUUGGUCCUUCCCAGAGCCCCAGCAAGGCCAGGCCAUAUUCAAGAGCAGCAGUCACACACCACAGCUAAAAUACAUCUGGUCCUGGGUCCAACAGGGGAAUGGUGAGUGACUGGGUAGAAGGGUCAGGACCCUAGGGGACCUUACUUGGGGGACCUUACCCUAGGGCCCUAGACCAACUGCUGCCAUUGGACUUGAUAUAAGCAGAGCAGGGACUACCAUACUGAAACCCACCUUUCGGACAUUUCCAACACUUGUGUUUAAGGCGUUUUUUAAAUUUCAGCACUAUUGUGCAUUUGCUUUUUAAGAGCAUUAAAAAGUAAACGAAAGAAAACUAGAUUAAAAAAACACCAUGGAGAUAAAUGCAGGGUCAUAAAGAUGGUUUCCUUUCAAGAGAUGGGAAUCAAAAGAAUUAUUUGCACUAAAAAAAACACCCCACCCUUAUCUUUAAGCACUAUGAAAUGUUUUGUUUCAUUUUCAUUAAAUAUAUACUGUAUGCAAAAAAAAAAUUGCAGAUUAACACCGAAAGGUAAUAGUGAAGAUGCACAGAGAUGUCCACGUGUGACAAUGUGCUCAGCUGCCCAAUAUGCCAUAAGAAAUAGAACAGGUGGUGCUCAAGUUUCCUACAGUUCUGGAGACGGUUCUGCUCUUCCAUUGUUUGGGGAACAAGUCAGACUUUCUGUGCUCUGAAAAGAAAACAGAAAAGAACUGCAGAGAAGACACAGGAACAAAACCAUCUAAUGGCAAUGCCAUGCCGAUGCUCCUAUAAGAAAGAGUUGACAUAGCAUGUCUGCUGUGCUGUGAAUACUAAGUGCAGAAGUAUUUCUGAAACCGACACAUUCCCCCAGAAGAUCGUUUAUUUGCCUUUCCUUUGUUUCUGCUAUAUUUCCAAAGUUCCAUAUAUACCUAUGUUUUCUUCUCAUAGGUAAAGGAGAAGAAUCUUACCCAGAUUUGCUGGCUUUGCUCAUUGCUGUCAUUGUAACGAUCAUUGUCGCUUUGGGAGUGAAGAACUCCGUGGGAUUUAACAAUGUCCUCAACGUGAUUAACUUGGUGGUGUGGCUCUUCAUCAUGAUUGCUGGACUCUUCUAUGUCAAUGGAGAAUAUUGGGCUGAAGGGCAGUUCCUGCCAUUUGGAUGGUCGGGGGUGAGUGAUUUCGAUAAAGAAUUCGGCCAUUAUCAGCCUAAAAGCCUGGCAACCACAGGAUAAGUGUUUAAAUGCAUCAUAUUACAUGGAUCUCCAUUUUUAUUAUUGGCAAGGAGAAAUCCACAGCAGGCACCCCUUUCAUAUAAGGAUCCUGGGUUGUAUCCAAUGCUGUACAAGUGGCUCAAGCAAUGGGAUUUCUCUUCCCUCCCCUCUCCCCAUGCACCCCUUCUAGAGCAGAUAUUCAGGUCUGGAGGGGACUGCAGAAGAGAAGUGGUGGGAGUUCUGCUGAGGAAAUCUCCUUCAGUGGUGAAUCUGCAGCACUGGAUACAACCUCCUCUCAUCUCCUUGGCCUGACUCCUUAUGUCAUCUCAAUGACAUACUCAAUGACAUACGAUACUCAACAAUAACAUACCUAAUAGCUCUCCUUAUCUUGUAGGACUGCAAAUUCCAUCAUCCUUGGCCCCAUGACUGGGACUGAUGGGAACUGAAGUCUAAGCACAUGUGGAAGCUCACAGCUUCCCUAAAAAGAAGUAAAAAUACAAGCAUCGGGAAAGGAGGGGUGGGAAGUCAAGAAGAAAUUUAUGUUGAAUUUUGUGUGUGUGUGAAUAAAUGUUUUGGCAUAUUUUUGGAGAUUUAAUAAAAAUUAUAUAUAUAUAUAUAUAUAUAUAUAUAUAUAUAUAUAUAUAUAUAUAGAUGCCCACAGUUCCCCCACCUCUGCUGUACCAAACCAUGAUGUAAAUCUCCAAUCUCCACUUCCAAGACAGAUUUCUGGAUGUCUCCCUUAAGAAUUCCUUGAAGCUCCAUUAAACCUCCAUUGCUACCUUGAAGCUAGAUACCUAAGAACAUGAGACUGAUGGAGUGGCCCUUCUAGUUCAGCAUUCUGUUGUCACUGUAGCCAACCAGAUGCCUGUGAGAAGUUCACAAGUAGGGCAUGAGUGUAACAGCCUUCUGCCCACCUGUGGUUUCAGAGGCAGAGGUCAAACAUAGCCAUUGUGGCUUAUAGCCCAUUGCUUAAUCAACGUUCCAUUCUUUUACUAGUCCAUUUGAAAUAAAUACCACCCCCAAAGUAUGUUCCAGAUUUUCAUUCAAGUUCAAAACAAAACAAAACACCACUUCACUCUCCAGCUGGCAAAAUUAAAGGUGGCUAAAACAGAAUUGCUCAACCAAGUGAAAUUAACAAUGCAUAAACACAAUUAUCGCGCUCUCUGGAGAGCUGAUGACUUAAAGGCUAAUUACAAUUGAUCCCAUAAGCAGCGUAUAAUAAAACGCACAGCACCAACAGGCAGGUAAAUGGUUUGCUGAGAACAAAAAAUGACAUGGGUGAAAAGCAUGAUGUCAGUGGGUGCAAUCUAAAAGGAAGUAUAUAUGCCUAUGACUACAAUCUUGUGCACACUUUUCUGGGAUUAUGCCCUAUUAAAUCGGACAUGGUAGGACUGACGUCCCUAAACAUGGCCAGGAUUGCACUGCAUGGCUGUAAUCUUAUGCAUGCUUGCUUGAGCAUUAACACUACUAAACUCAGUGGGACUUCUUUCUGAUGCAUAGGAUCAGGCUAUGCACACCGUUAUAAGCAAUGGGACGACAAACCCCUUUGCUUUCAACUGAAUUUAAAUGGGCACCAGUGUGUUAAAGUGGGUCUCCCCCAACCUGGUACCUUCCAACACAGCUGACUGGGGCUCAUGGGCAUUGUAGUUCAGAACACCUGGAGGGCAGCAGAUUGGGGAAGUCUGAAGUAGACUAGGAUGCACUGAUAUUUGCUUUGGUUGUUUCUCAGUACUGUAUAGCAAUGGGCCUAAGUUAUUUGCUUUAUAUACACUUCCCAGUGCUGCCCAAUUAGUGCUUGUUACACAUGUGUCAGCUUAAAACUCAGCUGGGAAUUCAAACAGAUUUGGAUUUCCUGCCUUGCAGAGGCAAGCUCUUCUCCAAGGAGGAGCAGAGACUGCAGGUAUUCUGGCCUGGACCCCAAGCUAGUGAGUUGGAUUUAUGCUGCUUGCCUCUUGAAUGUUUGGCCCAGAAAAUGCCGCAGCAAAGAGGAGAAAUGUGUUGGCUUUCAGUUUUAAAACUAACUUUGCUAGAUUAUUUUUAAAGAGAUGGAAGGACUAUUCCAUAAAGCCUAAAGUGGGAUUUCCUGGUUACUGGCCAUUCUGGCUGAUGGGAGUUGGGAGUCUGGAGUGCCACCAGUUAACCAUCCCUGGCGUUUGGAGAAAUUAUGUUUCUUUCAAAUGAGCAUUUAAUUUGUUGCAUGCAAGGCCAUCUGUCCCUGUGCUGUCCCAAUCUCUGCAACUUCUUCCCAUUGUUCACCUUGUUUAGUGCAAGGGUAGCAAGCGUGAUCCUCCCCAGAUGUUUUUGGACUCCAGAUCCCAUGAGUCUGGACCAUUGGCCACUGAGGCUAAUGGGAUUUGGAGUCCAAUAGCUUCUGGAAUGCGCUGCAUUGGUUGCCCCUGGGCUAACCUAUUCCCUUCUAUUUUCUCUUUCUUUGCUACCUACUUGAAUUGCCAGUCAGGGCUCCGCCUACCUUGAGGCAGGAUGAGGCAGCCACCUCAGGCAGCUGAUUUGGGGUGUCAUAAAAGUAGGGUGGUCACAUGCAAAAGAAUAUGGGACUCCUGCACCAUUAAUAGCUGUAAAGAAGUGUGCAGGUUGUCAUUAGGAAUGUAAGAAGGCAUUGUUAGUUCCAGAUAAAUGGAUAUGACUUGGAAGCCUCGAUCAGUCUAACGUGAGUCUAUUGGUCAUGCAGGUGCUACAAGGUGCAGCCACCUGCUUCUACGCCUUCAUUGGAUUUGACAUCAUUGCCACCACUGGAGAAGAAGCAAAGAGUCCCAACACUUCCAUCCCUUAUGCCAUCACUGCUUCACUUGUCACGUGCCUGACCGCCUAUGUGUCCGUAAGUAAGCUUUCUGUACUAUUCUGCGUUUUGCAGGAAGGUGUAACAUGGUGGCUGAGAACGUAAGGUGCAAGCUGAGGAAUGUCUGAACUAUGUGGCAAUACAAAAGUGUUUGUUUGAGCUUAAAAGGAGGGGGGGGACCUUGGCAAACCACGCCUCCCCCUCCUCCAUUCAACAGAUCACCUGUGCCACCUGCUCUGCUUGCUUGCUCAUUUGCUGAGCAUCGUUGUCACGCUGGGGUUGGCAUGGUCGCCUAUUGAUGGCCGCGCGAACCUCGGUGUGAAGACAACCUUUCAUUUUUAUGUAUAUAGGAAGGCAAGCUUCUGAUCAAGGCUCAUGGUUGCUUGUCCAUGUGGACUGCAGAAUUGGUCGUACCAUUAGGGAGAGCAGGGCAGCUGCCUCCACCAGUAGAUGCUAGAGGACAGAGCUAUUUGGGCAACAUGGUCUGCCCUGUACACACACACUCCUGUGGCCCUCAGGUGCAGUGGAUACUGCUGCCCCAUUGCCAGAGUCAAGGUAAAAUUCACCUGCCAAUCUGGUACAUGGAAUGCAGUGGGUGGGGGCAUCUUUUCCUUCAUCUCCAACAACAAAAUGUAUUGGGCGAACCCUGCUGAUGGGUUUGCGGUCGGUCAUAUUUUCUGUGCCCAUUCUUCAUUCACAUUUUCUCUCUCUCUUACACACACACAAUUUAUGCACAAUGUGCAUACUACUCACACCCCCGGCUCACAUAGCACUCCCACAUAUGCCAACCACACACUCAGCCUAACAGUUAACUACUGUUGUCAUAGUGCUGCUUCCUGGCUCCUCUGCAACCUUCCAUAAGAGCUCCCUCUAUCCCUUUUACAAACUUCUGAACUAAUGGAAUAUUCAUAAACAUUCCAUGAGAUCUUAGCAGCUUCGUUUAAUCAAAUGAAGCUGGAGCUCUGCAUUUGCGAAUGGAAUGUACGAUUGCUUCGGGUUUUGGUUUUCUUUUCAUAAUGUCCAGAAAAAUAGGAUGCUGCCUCUUUCUCCUGUACUGCUGGUAUGUGUGUGUACACAUACAUGUGUGUGUGUGAUUAUAUUGCUGUUUUAUCUAUUCUAUUUUUAUGAUUCGAUUUUUAAACUGGCCCUGGGAUCAAUUGGUGAAGGGUGGUAGUAAACAAAAGGAGUGAGUUGCCCAGAAAACUACAAUGGGACACCCAAAAUAAAUAAAUAAAUAAAUAAACCCUGUGCCACUUCUAACCGUACAUCACCUUCACUCUUCCCACUCAACAGGUGAGCAUAAUCUUGACUCUGAUGGUGCCAUACACCGACAUUGAUACCGAAUCGCCCCUGAUGGAGAUGUUUGCAGCCCACCGAUUCUACACUGCCAAGUUCAUUGUUGCCAUCGGGUCUGUGGCUGGGUUGACGGUGAGCUUGCUGGGCUCCCUCUUCCCUAUGCCUCGGAUCAUUUAUGCUAUGGCUGGCGAUGGGCUUCUCUUCAGGUAAGUCCCAUGUCAUCAGAGGCAGUUGGAGAAGGGGCCUUGGAAGACCUUGCCAGGGCUAGCCAGAAGUUGGGCUCUAUAAGCCAUCAACCCUCCAGCCAGCAUAGCCAGUCAGGGGUGGUGGGAGUCCAACAACAGUUUGAAGGCAGGACAGUGGCUGCCUCUGUUCUACCAGGUGAUUCAGACUCCCAUCAGCUAGUCAGCAUCCCCCAUUAAUGAUGGGGAUUUUAGUCUAUCUACACGCACUCUAUAUAGCACAUCACUCGCAUUCGGUCCAGAAGCUGCAGUUAGUACAGAAUGCUACAACACGAUUGCUGACAGGAGUGAGGCCUUGUCAGCAUACAACACCUGGGCUCAGAGAUCUGCACUGGUUACCAGUUUGCUACCCAGCUGAGUUCAAGGUGUUACUACUUGUUACUACUAGCAUAUCAUCCUCAUUUAAUGUGUAUGCUGCCUUUCCAUAGUUAAAACCAUGCUCAAGGUGGCUUAGGACAUGAAAAGAUUUACAUAAUUACAAGCAGAAAUACAACACACCAAAAACUAAACAACCAUAACGGAACAAUUUCCACAUAAAUUGUUAUAAGAUCUAAAAAUGAAGAUGCAAAAUAAUAACAACAACAUCAAUAACUGCAGCCAAAGAAAGAAACAACAACCCCGAAGCAAUACCCUAGCCCAAGAAUCUGUUCAGCAGCCUCAGCUUUUGUAGUUGGAGUCAGUCAAGGCCCCACCCUCCCAAGGCAGGUAGGAAAAGGCCAGCAAGUAGAGGGGCAGGUCUUCCAGGACUCACAGCCAAGAUGGCAUAUAAAGCCCUUAACAAUUUGGGACCAUUUACCUAUGAGAUCACCUUACAUUACAUGUGCCCACUCAACCGCUUUGAUCGGCAGAAUUUGUGCUACUACUACAGAUGCCCGUAUUUGUGAGAUACUCCCUGCCUAUUGAGCUUGAGCCUUCACUGUACUCUUUUUGGCAUCCGCUUUUUGGCAGUGUUUAGACAAGCUUAGAAAGCUGAGGUGAUUUUCAUCUGCUUUAGUAUUUUAACUUUUGCAUGUUUUGAAGCAGGGUUGUAGAUUUUUCUUGAUUUUCUUGUUUUAUCUUUCCAUAAACCUUCCUUGAAGUUUCUUAUUACCGUCAAGCAGUGUGUAAAUUUUAUGGAAUAAAUAAAAUAAAAUAAAAUAAAGAAACAAACAUAUGGUGGGCCACAGGUUCUCUUCCUUUGUCCUAAAAGUCAAUAAUAAGGAGUUUAUGGUGUUUAUGCUAAUUUUAACUCUUUCACGUCUAGAUUCUUGUCCCAUGUAAGUUCUUACACGGAGACUCCCGUGGUCGCCUGCAUUGUCUCAGGGUUUCUCGCAGCCCUGCUCUCCUUGCUGGUAAGCCUGAGGGACCUGAUAGAGAUGAUGUCCAUCGGCACCUUGCUCGCCUACACUUUGGUCUCUGUGUGCGUCCUGCUUCUUCGGUACCAACCAGAAAGCGACAUUGACGGCUUCGUCAAGUUCCUUUCUGAAGAGCACACAAAGAAGAAGGAAGGGAUCAUAGCAGACUGCGAGAAGGAAGUCUGCUCUCCGGUCAGCGAAGGGGAGGAGUUUGCAGGCCCGCCCACCAACACUUGUGGCGCUAAGAACCUGCCUUCCUUGGGCGACAACGAGAUGCUCAUUGGGAAAUCGGACAAAUCCGCUUACAACGUCAACCACCCCAAUUAUGGCACAGUCGACAUGACUUCUGGAAUAGAGGCAGAUGAGUCUGAGAACAUCUACCUCAUCAAGCUAAAGAAACUCAUAGGACCACGAUACUACACGAUGAGGAUCCACCUGGGACUUCCCGGGAAAAUGGAUCGACCCACUGCGGCUACUGGCCAGACUGUCACCACUUGUGUGCUCUUGCUGUUUGUCCUAAUGUUCAUCUUCUGCUCUUUCAUCAUUUUUGGGGUGGACUACCUCUAUGACCAAAGUUGGUGGGCAAUUCUUCUGGUGGUCCUGAUGGUCCUGCUGAUCACUGUGUUGGUGUUCGUCAUCCUUCAGCAGCCAGAAAACCCCAAAAAGCUCCCUUAUAUGGCUCCUUGCCUGCCUUUUGUCCCAGCCUUCGCUAUGCUUGUGAACAUCUAUCUCAUGCUGAAACUUUCAAGGAUCACCUGGAUCCGGUUUGCUGUCUGGUGUUUUGUGGGUAUGUUCUAAACGUGGGGUGUGAAGGUUUGGGGACAGUGCAUGUGUCAGGGUCAGAUGCAGGUCAGCACAAAGAAGCAGAGACAGUUGUCAGUCAAGUUAACACUUUAUUCAAGGAAAUGGCUUACAACUCAACAACAAUUCCCAGUAGGUCUUUCCCCUAUAGAGCAGUUGCCAGGACUGAAGGUCCCUGCCUUCAACUCCUUCUAAUACUCCUCCUCUCCUGGAUGUUUCCCAAGCAGCCUCAAACUGUGUCUGCCCACCUUUGACCUCUGUUCCACUCUUCUCAUUAUCCUUCUCAUUCUUGGAGACAGGGAUGGGGAGCGGAGCUUGCCAGAGCAGGAGAUGGAGACUCCCUGGAUUCUUCAGCAGUCUCUUGACCUCUGCUUCAGCCUCAGAGUCUGAACUGCUCCCUGUCACAGGUUCCUCCAGCUCAUAAAACCCUGUUGUCCCUUCAGCAUGCAACUCCUUCUCCCAAUCUUCUCCCUCUGACCACCACCAAUUCUCAGGCUCUGAACCUUCCUCCUCUGCAAUUUCCCUCAGAGGUCCCCUGGCUGGCGCCUCCUACUACUCCUUGUCAUUCAGCCAAUCCCUGGCAAUAUGGGAUAAUUCCACUGAAGAGACCACCCAGAGUAUGUCAGAGUGCUCAGUUUCAACCAACCUUCAUUGGUUUGGAGAAUGGAAACCUCUUCUUAGAGCAGAUGUGGGGAAAUGGUGGCCCUCCAGAUGUUGCUGGACAUCAGCUCUCAUCACCCCUGACCACAGACUGUGGUGGUUGCAGUGGCUGAGAGAUGGAGUCCACCAACUUCUAGGGGGUCACAGGUUUCCCACCCCUGUCUUAAAAGAAGCAUCCCCCAUUUGGCUUUACAAAAGUUCUACCUAUGAAGUAUUGAUUGGUGAGUUAUGGCAUGACAGCACAUGGCACUACUGUAUAAUAUCAGCAUGGACCCAGUGAAUGGCUUGAAGCAUCUGUGACUACACCUAACUAAACCUUCAUUUGGAUGGGUCACCGCUGGGAAUCCCAUUUCACAGCAGAAUAGAAUAACUACAUAAAAAGAAAUUCAGUAGCUCUUAAACCCUUCCCUUGUGGAGUUUCUCAUGCUAACAUAUCGAUAGUCAGUGAGGUGCCAUCUAGAUGUUGUUGGACUGCAACUCCCAUCAGCCCCAGUCAGCCGUGGCCAAUGGUCAAGGAUGAUGGGAGUUGUAGUCCAGGAAAUGCCACGUUGGCAACCUCUGUUGUUCAACAGAAGAAUCUUUGAUACAGCAGAGCCUUCCACCAGUUGAAUAUGGAGGGAUAUGAUUUGUCAUUUUCCACUUCCUCUGCGUCCCCCUUACCCACAUGCCCCCCAAAACCUUCUCCAAAGGACUGGGGGACCCUUUGGAACUGUGAAGAAGGUGGCAUGGGAGACUGCAGAGGGAAAGGGGAAAUGGAGGAAACGCCUCUCUUCCCUUUCCACGCCUGGAAAGAAGUUCCCUUUCUAUCAACAUGAGGCACAACAUGGGAUACAACUCCUAUAUUUGCAUGUGACUCUCAUCUCUUGCCCUGUUCCUUAUCCUCAACUUGUUUUCCUCCCUCUCAGCCUCUGCUAGUCUGCCAUUGAAAUGAGAGGAAGCAAAGGCCACAGAAGAACAUAAUCAAGAGAUCUUUUUCUUUGUGUUUAUCCUCCUUUUCUUCAUUUUUAAAAAAAAUUAGUGAUGUGGUUUGUUUUGUUACUAAAUCCUGCUUUGAUAUUGUGCCAAUGAAAACCUACAGGUGAAAAACAAAAAUAUAGCACAGCAGGUUGUGUAAUUAUUUUACACGUUUCCUUUUCUGCCCUGGGGGUUUGGCUUUGCAACUGAAACAUCUAGUAAAUAAAAUGUAUUUUCAGAAAAAGAGCUCAGCAAAAGGGGAAGGAACGGCACAAUCAAGAUAGUUUUGGAACUAUCCCACAGAGUAUAUAAUCCACAUGGUGAAAUAUAGAUAAUAAACCACUCAAAUUCUGCAGCAGUGUUUAUAGAUUCAUUAAAGCUUGGAACCGUUUCAUGUUGGAUUGCCUACAAGGCAACCCUAAUUCAGACUACAGUACAAUAUUUUUACCAGCCAAACUCUCCCCUCUCCUGCAGGGUUGCUGAUUUAUUUUGGCUAUGGCAUAUGGAACAGCACACUGGAGAUCACGGCUCGGGAAGAGGCGCUGCAUCAGAGCACAUACCAGCGCUACGAUGUUGAUGUCGACCCCUUCUCCGUCGACGAUGGCUUGGCCUACGCCGAGAACGACAACUACCAGGACUGGGAUCCUGCCGACGACAAAGGUUUCUCUUACCAGCAUAUGUCAGAAGCAAAGGAAAACAGUCGGACAAGUAGCAAAUCAAAGAGCAAAGGCAAACACAAACAGAACUCGGAUGCACUGAUUUCAAAUGACGAGUUAGACUACUCGCCCGAGUAGAUGAAAUGGAAACACGACAGUUCCACUCUUUGUCACCAAGCUAAACCUUGGGCUAAAAUUCAGUGGCUUCUUUCGGCUCUCAUUUCAAACCCAUCUUUUCCCGUAAAGUUUCUGUUUCCAGAAGUCAUAUCACUCACUCACUCACUCACGCAGACACCUUUCUGUUCUUCAGGAUGGUUCUGUCAAGUGCUCAUCCUGAAUCAACAGAAGAUCACAUCAAGGAAAACAUCAUGUUUCUGAUCUCACCACCACCAUUCACAGGCCUCUUUCACUGAAUGUUGCUUCCGAUAGGCUAGUUGAGCCUGUUGAGGUUUUUUCUGGGCCUAGGAAACCCAUUGCAUAAGACACUUCCUGCUGCAGUGAUAGUAUGGUUUCAAUGGAACCCACACUCAAUGAAGUGGGUAUCUGAUAAGGAAAUGCAGUAAGAUUCCCUUGGCAGGGGACAUGUCUAUGACCUCUUUGCUUUCCAGUGGAGAAGGAUGGGAAACAUGUUACCCUCUGGAUGUUGUUGGAAUUUCAUUAUCCAUGACCGUUGGCCAUGUGGACUGGGGUUGAGAAGGAAGCUGAGUCCUACAAUAUCUGAAGGGCCACAGAUUCCCCAUCCCUGCCAAAGAAAAUACUCAAUUGCAGUCAUACUAAGGACCGUUAAGUUAUUUGGCAAAGAGCAAGUCAGUUUUUCAUUUUGUGAAUGCAAACAUUGACUAGAUGGGCAGGUUUAUUCAGGCAGGAGCCAUAGUUUUUUCCCUGAGGAUAUUCCAGAGAUAAAAAGAGCUCCAGUGAUCAGGCUGUGCAGACCAGCACCCCCAUUUUCACCUAUAUAAAACUACUUCACCUUUUCACUUAGCAAAAUAUUCUUGCACUUUGGCACACACUUCCCAUGUCACCUUCUCCAUUCGUUUUGUCUCAGUUGUUUCCUGGUGAACUAUGGUAUGACACAACAUGACUCAACCACAAUUUAAUAUAUUGACCAGUUGGAAUUUGCAUCUUGGUGAGUUCUUUUUGGAUAUUUUGUUUGAUCCAUUUAGCCAUUUUAUCUAGUAAGUAAGAAUGGAGACUUUGGUUGUCAGAUUUCUGUGAUUUGGUUUAUCUGAACCGGAAUAAUUUAGCAAGCAGGACCCGUACAGUGACAGUGUGGUUCAAUUUGAUUUCAGUACCAUGACCCUAAAAGCUAAUAUUCAUGACUAGCAAAAUCAUGUGGCACAAGCAAGAAUGGUACCAUGCGAUUCUGCAGAACCGCAUGUAGUUCAAACAUCUGCAUUAGGAAUAGAUGGGAGGCUAAACCUAGAAUGUGACUAAAAUCCUAAUGUUAUAUCCAUGGGCUACUUCAGAUGGACUGAAACACAGCUCAGACCAAUAUCAGAACUUCUUGGAUUUAGGUCAUCUAUAACCAUGGUACAAACAAAUCAAUACUCAUGUAAGAUCACUCCACUCCACUCAGUAUCUAACUUUGAAUAUUGUAGAAUGGUUGCCUUGGAGCUCCCAACUUUUCAUAUUUGAUACACUAAAAGCUGAUUCCUGCUUUAUGUGCAGUACCAACCAUAGGUUCCCAAGGCAGCAUCAGUUCCCAAUGAGGCAACAGUCCAAUUCUCACUUACCUUUAAAACCCAAAUAAAUAAAUAAAUCUAUUGUGAUAAAUUAAAAUUUAAACAUUACAUUAUUUGAUACUACAAAAAACAGACUUCUGUCCCAUUUAUUAUGUCCACAGUUAUUAUUCCAAUAAACAAUACAACUUAACUACUUGUCUGCUAUAUUGAUGAUCUGUUUUGUCCCAAAUCUUUGAUACUUUCCAUCAUUUUUUCCAUUAUAGCUAGGUCCAAACAUUUUAACACCAAUUCCCAAAUGGAGGGAGACUGGUGUUUUUUCCAAUAUCAAUCCUAUAUUAUUUUAACAUCAAUCAUUAAGUGGAGGAUCAAUGAUUUUUAGAUCUCAGGAAUACCAAGCCGAGUUACAUUGAAAAGGACCAAUGAAGGGUUUAAGCCCCAGUUUGCAAUAUUAUGCUCCCAAAAUGUCUCCAAUAACUUUUGACAUGUUGACAUUCCUGCCACAUAUAAAGGAGACUCGUUGUAUUUCCAACAUUUAAAUCUAGCUGUUGAGAAUGUCGAGCUUGAGUUAAGUACCAAUGGUGUUUACGUUGGUGUUGCAUCUUCUUCACUAACUUUAUUGAGUGACAAAUAAUUCCAUUUCCAUUUCUCUUCAGAGAUAGAGAUUCCCUGAUUCCUGUCUCGGUAAACCAUGAAUUUGUGCCUCCUUUAACAUGGCAUAAAAAAACAUUGCAACGGUCCUUGUAAGUUCCCAUGAGUUAAUAAGUUUUUCUCCAUUUGUGAGUUUCCUUAAUUCAUAUGGUGAGUGAGACCCAUUAAUACAACAGGGCUUAUUUCCAAACAAUCUUGCGCAGGAUGUGGCUUCGGAUGUCACAUCCUACACAGCAAACAAGAACUUCGCGUUUCCUUUUAUGCAGUCCUGCAGACCUCUGCUUGAUAUAGCAAGCUCUGCAGCCUAUGUGCAAUGAAGUCAUUGGAACUGGGAUCCAUCAAACAUCCACAGCUUAUCAGAUAUUCACUGGCCCUUCUUUACUUUUUCAUCUGGCCAUUUGAGAUUGAGCUCAUGGGAUACACCUGUAUGGAACUAUUUGUCCAUUUGCUUGCUUGUCACUGUUAUUACCCAUAUCCCCUAAGACAGGGGUGAGGAGCCUUGUUCAUUGUUGUAGUUUGGACCAUCAUGGUCAUCUCAACCACAGGGUGAGGAACCUGUGGUCCUCCAGAUGUUGUUGGACUCUGGUUCCCAUUAGGCAAUUGCCAGGGAUAAUGGGUCCCGCUUACUCUGUUAUUUAUCUAAUUUAGGAAUUGCUUUCAACAUGAGUCUCGAGGUGAUUGCCACAAAACAAACAACAACAGCUAAAGCCGACAGAAUAAGCGCCUAUGCUGAAAUCCAGCAACAACUGGCUACCCACACCUGCCCGAAGAAAUAAAAACUCCAAGCCAGUCAAAUAUGCUUUGGCAACUUUAAAUGCUGACUACAUACCUCUAGGAUGAAACUCAGGGUCUUUCAAUCCCUUUUCUAAAGGAAAGCUUAAUAAUAUUGCAAGGUACAAAAAUAGAGAACUUCUUGGAUUCAAUCCCUAGUACAAACAGCACUGCCCCGCUCCGUAAACAACCAUAAUAUAUUUAUUUAUAACAGCACUCGCAGCCAAGUGUGCACAGAGUUCUGUACAAAUACUGCAUAGGUAGGAUUCUAAAAUGGUCUGGAGCCACAUGGAGUGCUCAGUGGUGGCCACGGGGUCAAGAAGAGGAGAGGUGGUGGCCCUUGGCUGAGGCUCAUAUAAAGCAAAAACCACGAGAAAGAAUUCUCAAAAUAAACAUUUCCUAAGGAAUAAGGAAGGGCUUUGGGAUUUGUGCCAUUUACUGUAUUCUUCUGCCAAGCUUUUCCCAGGUUGCAGCAGCCUACUACUGAGCUGUUGUCCAUUCCCAAAGGAUCCUAAUCUUUUAGCUCAGAGAAUGAAACCUUGGAGGAGUGAUGAAGAACCUGUAGUCCUCAAGACGUUGUUGGACUCCAACUUCCAUCGUCCCUGGCCAUUGGCCAUGCCAGCUGGGUCUGAUGGGAGUUGGAGUCAAACACCUUCCACGAGACCACAGGUUCCCCACCCUUUCCUUAGAGGAGAAAGAAGGUCCUGUACGACUUUCUUUCAUAGAACGAAAGGAAGCAAAAUUCCCAGACACCCUGAAGGCACGUUCUAAAUGUAGAAGUAAAUAAAUAAAAUCUUUACCCAUUUUAUGUCACUUCUUGCGAAAUCAUGAUGCACUGGCAACAUUUUUCCUUUAAAAGGGGGUGAGGAGGAAAGUAGUGCAGGGCUGUUUUUGUUUGUAAUGUUUAUAUCAUAAUCUAGGUGAGUGCCUUCAUAUAUACCAGGAAAUCAAAGUUAACCCACAACAUACACAUGAGGGAUUAUGUUGUAGAGAUCAUGGAACUCGUAACAAGCCAAACCAAAUGUCAGAAUGGAGAUGAAAUUUAGCUCACUGGGUUCAGGUGUGAUUUGGUGUGUUUUUCACACUCCUUAUAAUGAUCAGACUGCUAUAGUGGGAAUAUUGAAGAGAAGGACCCGCCCCCUUAAUGGAGCAAGAAAGCCUAUAUUGCAGUCAAGGACACUCCAGUUCUGCUUCAACACAAACCCUGUUUAAUAACGUGAAUACUUUUUAUUUCAGCAGAGAGAAACAUGCGCAGUUCAAAACCUGGUUUUUUUAUUCUUUUGUAUAAUCACAAUGAUACACAACAUUUCUAAAAUUCAGCUCUCUGAUCUCUCUUGUACCAGGAGGGCACAAAUUCAGAUUGGAUUCACGCAAAAUAUUUGAGUGCCGAUUUUUCUGUUGGGAUGCAGAGCCACCAGAUGUGAUGUUAAUUGUGCAAGGACAUUUAACAUACCUAAAGCUUCUUAAAAUUCAAAUAGUUAUGGAUCCCAACCAGGAUCAAAACCAUUGUGUGUGGAAAAGAGGGUUAACCUCCUUCCCUUCCCCCACUCCAGUUGCUUUGACCCCAGAUGAAAAGUGUCUGUUGGCGCCAAUGGAAAUUUUCAUCCCAGGACUAAUAGAUGCUUUGACUGGGAUUUUUUAGUGGCAGCUUGGUUUUUGGGAGCCCUCUGAUGUCUUUUCCAAAGCUGGAAAAGCGCUAACUAGGCCUUGGGAAGGAGGCAGGAGCAUUCUAUGACCCUGUCAGAGCCUUCCGGCUCCUUCUCAAAGAUGGUGCCCUCUUGGCUCAGCGCCCCCUGUUUGCACACCCAUACAUCCACCCCUGACAGGAAAUUCAUUGGGAAUUUGUCCCACGGAAGCCCAAAUGAAAUGAGCAGCAAAAGCAUAUUGGAAGGGUCAACCUCACUGCCUUUUUAAAUUUGAGAUGUGAUUACCUACAGGACCUGGUAUGCCCCGCGGAGAACCUUAAGGUCCACAAAUGACAACAUUUUGGAGGUCCCAGGUUGCAAGGAGGUUAGAUUGGUCGCAACUAGGGCCAAGGCCUUUUCAGUACUGGCCCCGACUUGGUGGAACGCUCUGUCACAAGAGACUAGGGCCCUGCGGGACUUGACAUCUUUCUGCAGGGCCUGCAAGACACAACUGUUCCGCCUGGUUUGGACUCAGUCUGACCCUUAUGUUUCCCUCCCCUUAUGGUUUUGAUCUAUGGGCUACUUUUAAAAUGAGGCUGCAUUUAAAAUUGCAUUUUAACCUGUAUUUUAAAUUGUUUUUUUUCCUAUUAUGUUUUUACUAUAAUUUUAUUGGCCUGGCUCUAGCCGGGGAGGGCGGGGUAUAAAUAAAAUUUAUUAUUAUUAUUAUUAAAUGGAAAUCAUCCAGUGGAUACACAUUUCCUGUUCCUGUGAUAAGCCUGAAAUGUGUUUUCUUGCUGCCACAGCGUCUUCGGUAUAAAUCAGGGUGGCGAACCUGCAGCCCUCCAGAUAUUGUUGAACUCCCAACUCCCAUCAGUUCCAAACAGCAUGGCCACUGGUCAGGGAAUCAUUCGUUUAUUGAUUGCAUUUCUAUCCCAGGUGUGGCAUACACACUUUCCCCUCUCUUUGUUUUAUCCUCACCACAACCCUGCGUGGCAGGUUAGGAUGAGGCAGCGACUGACCCAAAGACACCCAAGUGGAAUGGGAGGUGCUGAGGCAUCUGAUCAAAAUCUGCUUUGAGCUUAAAAAAAUUAUAUUUGUAAAUAUAUUUUUCUCUGCAAGGGAGAAGAGCAGCUGAAUACUCCGGCAGCUGUUCAAGGGGCCCCACUGCUAUAAAUAAAAGUAUUUCAAGGUUGUAAAAGGAAAUUAGAGCCAGAGAGCAAAAGGUCACACUGACCAGAAUACAAUCAAGCUGUAAAAACACAAUUAAGAACUGGUAAAUAGUGAAAUUUAUUGUUUAACAGAAGACUCGAGCCAUAAGGUUAAAGGUUAAAUGGAAGAGGUUGCUCUUAGAAACAGCUGCUGGUUAGGGAAAAAGGCCUCUCUCCAAACUGUUUUGAAGCUUCAGAGAAUUUACUAAGUUCCUUCUAAUUUGAAAAGGCCUUUCCUUCUAAAAAUCUAUCUAUGUUAUGUAUGAAAUAUAUUGGCUUAAAUGUGAUUAUGCAAAGGAUUUAGAAAGUAAGAAAUGUUAGAUUCUUAUGUUAGAUUCCUAUUAUGGUGGGUGAGAAGGUGAACUCAAGAUCUCUUUAAGAUAAAAAAAUUAGAAACCAUGCACCAUCUGCUUUAGCCAUCUGGUUUGCGGUGAAUAGGGCAACAGGGGCCAAAGGUUAUCUGGUAAUUGAGGUGCCUGGUCGAGGUAAAUGUAAGAUAUAUGGCUACUUGUCUGCCAUUUAUGGAUACAAGGAAAUAUAGCUUUUUGUCUCCCAUAAAAGGGAAUAGGAAAUGGGUGUAUCUUUUAUGAUUGGUUCUAGCAAACAACCAAUAGGAAUUUCAACCAGGAUGAUUGGACAGAGGCAGCCAAAGGAGGAGCAAGGGGGCUGGGCUGAGGAAAUAUAAGUGCUGGCCAUCAGGGCUGGAGUAGGCAGAGCUUUGGUAUCCAUAUACCACUGUGUCUCUCAUUUAUUUGUCUGACAAAUAAAUUAUUAUUUUAAUUUCUCUAUUGCUGCGUUGAAUAUUUCAUUCCAGCUAAGCGUUAACCACAAGCAGGGUGCUACAUUUUAUGGUGCCUCUGUGACUCGGAUAAGUGGUCUGCUGGAACGCAGCCCCUUCGCCCUAGCGGGCAGGGUACAAGAGGGAGGACCACUGACCGCUUACCCAGCGCGCACUGGAACAUUUUUCCAGGGGAACGCAGAAGUCUCGUCUGUCUGAUACCCUGCUCACUGGCGGCGACGGACCGGGGGUAACCAGAGAAAUAAACAGGGAACCAGCUAAGGGUAAGUGCACAAAGGGGUUGUGGCCCUCCAAUUAAUUGGGAGGAAGAGAAGUCUUGAUCAAACUUCUGCGUCUCAGUAAGGGGGAACUGAGUACGCUAGGUGGUUGGGUACAUCAGAUGGUGGUCUGGUGGAGGGAAAAGGGAAAGAUUGGGAGGUAGUGUGUGGUGAAGUAUCCAGCGCAUUGUAUGUGUGAGAAAGUACAAUCUGUAGCUGACCUGAGUGUGGAGUGGGUAGUACUUCGGUUCCUAGUAAGGCGACUUCACUAGGCAAGGAUCCCCACGAAGCGUGUGUGUGAGUGACUGAGUGGAUACUUCACAGGGCCAUACAAUGGGAGUUGGAGGUUCAAGGGGGGAAAAUACACCUCUUGAAUGUAUGUUAAAUAAUUUUAAGAAAGCCUUCUCAGGAGCAUAUGGAGUCAAAAUGACGCCAGAGCGCUUGAGAACGUUAUGUGAAUUAGACUGGCCAAAACAAAAUACUGGAUGGCCACCUCAGGGAAGUUUUGAUAUAAAUUUAGCAAGCAAACUUUGGUCUAACAUCACCAAAGAAACUGGAGGGUGCCCAGAACAAUUUUCAUAUAUAGAUUCUUGGCUGAGCACAUUAAAUAAUAAUCCUCCAUGGAUAAGGGAAUGCAAAGUCCAACAAUGCAAAUUAUUGGCUGUAAAAGCCGAAGCUAGAAAAGGAAUCUUGCCAAAUAAACUCAAACCCAUUUUUGAGGGACCAGAGGAAGAGGUGCUUCCACCUCCACCCUAUGCUCCACAUCGAGGGAGCCUAAUCCAAACACUCCACCAGUUGUAACCCCAAGGCAAGAAAGUGGAAGGAAUAAUGGGGCUGGAGUCACAGAGCUUGAUUCCUUGAUAGAUUAUGAUAAAUAUCUUCAGGAGGCAUUGGAGUCCUAUAAUAAAGCCCAAGCAGAAGUGGUUAUUCCACCUGUGAGUCCCAGUAGAACUCCAUCUACAGUCUCCUUUAGUGGAACAACUGAUUGCCCACCCCAAACCCCUGUACAUCCAAGUCCUAGAGAACUAUUACAGGAGUUACAGGGAGACUUUGAUCGGUCAGUAAGCAAUACAGCCAGGCGUAUAAAGCUGUUAAAAGAACGCCUUGGGACAAAUACUAUCCCCUAUGAUUUGAGGCCCCUAAAGCAAAGCGAAGAGAAAGGUCACGUAGUAGCCCCUCUCAGAAGAGUAUUUGAUGCACUUGAGGAGCCUGUGCUGGUUAACGGGCAACUCGGACCACGGCCACCUCGAACUUCGACCCUCCAGUACAUUCCAUUCACAACUACGGAUCUGAUGAAUUGGAAAACACACACCCCGUCUUUCGCAGAAAAACCUCAGGCUAUGAUGGACUUGGUGACUUCAAUAGUAAAUACUCAUAGUCCUACUUGGACAGAUUGCCGCCAGCUCCUGAAUACUCUGUUCACCACUGAGGAAAGAAGAGACAUAAUUGAAAAGGCACAGAUAUAUUUGCGUGAGCAGGCCAGAGUGGGAAAUAUUCUUAAUGUUGACCGUCAUCUCCAGGACAAUUUUCCCUUGGAGGAUCCUAAUUGGGAUCCAAACAAUGCAAUUCACCUGGCCAGGCUUACCACCUACCGCCAGACGCUUGUGCAAGGUAUCCGCAGGGCAUGCCAGAAGCCCACUAAUAUGACUAAAGUCUCAGAAGUAGAACAGAAACCGAAUGAGAGUCCGGGAGACUUUUUAGAGAGGCUGCAGGAAGCCUAUCGUAUAUGGACUCCUUUUGACCCUGAAGCCCCUGCAAACAGCAGAAUGAUUACUGCUACUUUUGUGGCUCAGUGCGCUUCUGACAUUCGUAAGAAAAUUCAGAAGUCAGAAGGCUGGGAAGGGAUGCUGAUGAGCCAAAUUAUGGCCAUUGCACGCCGAGUUUAUCGGAAUAGGGAUGAGGCUGAGAAACAAGAGAAGAAGAAGUGGCAGAAGGAAAAGAUGGUGAUGCUAGCCACAGCAGUGAAGCAAGACUACCGCCCUUUAAAUGGAGGGAGAGGGCGGGGAAGGAAUCCACCACUGGGAAGGAAUCAAUGUGCGAAUUGCAAGAAGGAGGGUCAUUGGAAGCGGGAGUGUCCUGAACCCCUGAGGUUGGAAGAAGUACGCCCAGGCCCAGGCCCAGGCUCCGGCCCAAGAAACCAGGGACGGGGACGGGGAAUGAUCCGAGAUGGAAGAUAUCAGAGACCUGGACAAGGACGGAGUAGAGACAAUUUCAUUGGACUGGCAGAGGAGGAUUUUACCCAAGACUAGGAACGACCGGACUCCAUAAAGUUAGGCUUCCAGGAGCCCACGGUCAAAAUUCAAUUAGGGAGCCAUUUAAUAGACUUUAUGAUAGAUACUGGCGCUGAAUACUCAGUACUCCCAGAACUAUUGCAGAAAAAGGCAUCCAAAAGUGUAGUCAUUAAAAGUGCCACUGGUCAGUCAGCUAAGAGGUCUUUCCUCCAACCUUUAGAAUGCCAGAUUGGGGGACAUCAUUUAACCCAUCAGUUUUUGUAUAUACCUGAGUGUCCAAUGCCUCUCUUAGGUAGAGAUAUGCUGUCCAAAUUGCAGGCCCAAAUCACCUUCACUCCUCGAGGUCCAGAAAUGAAACUGCCAUCAAAGGCAGCAGGAAUAAUUUCCCUCUCAGUACCUAAGGAACAAUCAUGGCGCCUAAUGUCAGCCCUGCAAGUCCAACCCACAUUGGAUACAGAAUUAAACAAGCUCCUCCGAACCCUACAAGUGCCACCAGGAGUAUGGGCCGAAAAUAGCCCACCAGGAAUGGCUAAGAAUAUAGCUCCAAUUGUAGUAACCCUAAAACCUAUGGCUACCCCUGUAUCUGUAAAGCAAUAUCCUUUACCCCGGCGAGCAGCAGAGGGCAUCCAGAAACAUUUGGACCGCCUAUUAAAAUAUGGUCUGCUUAAGCCCUGCCAAUCAGAAUGGAACACACCCCUUUUGCCUGUUCGGAAGCCUGGGACAGAUGAAUACAGGCCAGUACAGGACUUGAGGCUCGUAAACCAGGCUAUCGAGACCUUGCACCCAAAUGUACCAAACCCAUAUACCUUGCUGAGUUUGAUCCCACCAGAAGCAACAUUUUUACUGUAUUGGACUUGAAAGAUGCAUUCUUCUGUUGCCGGCUGGCACCACAGAGCCAACCUAUAUUUGCCUUCCAGUGGGAAGACCCUUUGACAGGAACAAAAGGCCAGCUAACCUGGACAAGAUUGCCCCAGGGAUUCAAAAAUUCCCCAACUUUAUUUGGCACUGCCUUGGCGAAGGAUCUAACAAGUUACCCCUCAAUACCUGGAAAAAGGUGGUUCUGCAAUAUGUAGAUGACCUUAUACUAGCGGCAAAGGAUUUUGAUACCUGUAAAGAAGGGACAGAGGAACUGCUCCACUUGCUCUGGGAAGCUGGCUACCGAGUUUCCCAGAAAAAGGCACAGUUAUGUUUAGAAAAGGUCAAAUAUUUGGGCUUUGACAUCUCACACCAACAACGAGCAUUGAGACCAGAGAGGAAAGAAGCUAUUUGCCUUAUCAAGGAACCUACCACAAGGAAACAACUCAGAGGAUUCCUGGGAACAGCAGGGUUUUGUAGACUAUGGAUACCUGAUUUCAGCAGUCUGGCCAAGCCCUUACAUGAAAGCACUCGAGGUGCAGAAAAGGACCCAUUCGUAUGGGGACCUGAGCAGCAACAAGCCUUUUUAGUUAUCAAACAACGACUUAUGGAGGCCCCAGCCCUUGGACUGCCUAAUUCGGAAAAACCCUUUCAGCUGUAUGUACAUGAACAGAAUGGGAUUGCAGCAGCAGUCCUGACCCAGAGAUUAGGAAGUUGGAACCGUCCAGUAGCUUAUUUGUCAAAACAAUUGGACUCAGUAGCAAAAGGAUGGCCUCCAUGCCUAAGGGCAGUAGCGGCCACUGCAAGCCUUGUCAAAGAAGCUGAUAAAUUUACCUUUGGCCAGACGAUGUAUGUGAAUGUACCUCAUGCUGUUCUGACACUCAUGGAAUAUAAGGGUAGUUAUUGGCUAACGAAUCCAAGGAUGGCUAGAUACCAAGGCCUAUUGUGUGAAAAUCCCAGGAUUCAUCUACGAGUAGUGAAUAUGCUCAAUCCAGCAACUUUGCUGCCCCUACCAGAGGUAGAUGAUGAAGAAUCACAUGAUUGUCUCCAAAUAAUGGAUGAAGUGUAUUCCAGUAGACCCGAUCUGAAAGAUGAACCAUUGAAAAAUCCAGAUGUUGUAUAUUAUACUGAUGGUAGCAGUUACCUGCAUGAAGGUGCCAGACGAGCAGGAUAUGCUGUGGUCACCAAUGAGGAAGUUGUGGAAGCUGAAGCUUUGCCUGCUGGCACCUCAGCACAAAAGGCUGAACUUAUAGGUUUAACUAGAGCUCUGCAAUUGGCAGCCGGAUGUAAGGCAAACAUCUAUACUGAUUCUAAAUAUGCCUUCUUAACCCUGCAUGCACAUGGAGCUCUAUGGAAAGAAAGAGGUCUAAUCGGAGCCCAUGGGAAGGCCUUGAAAUAUGGACCUGAAGUAGAAAUCCUGUUGGAAGCAGUAUGGGCUCCAGAACAGAUUGCUGUAAUGCACUGCAAAGGUCAUGGACGUGGAAGGGAUCCAAUAACCAGAGGAAAUCAUGCUGCUGACAAAGCAGCCCGAGAGGCAGCCCAGAAGCCUGUGGGAGGAUUUAUAGCAGCCCUCAUACCAGAGGUAGUUCCAGAAGAAAUUAAACCUCACUAUACCCCAGAAGAGAGGAAGUGGGCUGAACAGGAAGGAGCGGUUGUGAAGGACGGUUGGAUGAUCCUGCCGGACAAUAGGAUUUAUAUACCUCAUCACCUGGCAGGCACAAUUGUAAGAAAUUAUCAUGAAUCUACUCACCUUGGCGGUACUGCAACCAGAGAGAGUCUCAGUCGGAAGUUGUAUAUUAUUAACCUAUCACAAUUAGCAACUUGCAUUUCACAGAAAUGUGUUCUUUGUGCUAAAAACAAUCCCAGGCAGGGACCGGUACAACCUCCUGGAAUCCAACAUGUGGGAUACGUCCCCAUGGAAAGCCUAAUUGUGGACUUCACAGAGCUGGUCCCUUCUAAGGGAUUCAAGUACCUCCUUGUGUUUGUAGAUACCCUUACCGGAUGGGUUGAAGCUUUUCCCACCAGGACUGAAAAGGCACGAGAGGUAACUAAGAGACUCCUCACUGAAUUGAUCCCGAGGUUUGGAUUACCUAGAUGCAUUGGAAGUGAUAAUGGGCCAGCGUUCAUUGAUCAAGUAGUACAAGAAGUAUGUCGAGUCCUACAAGUGAAAUGGAGACUGCAUGCAGCAUAUAGGCCUCAAAGUUCGGGAAAACUGAAAGAAUGAAUCGGACUCUGAAAACCCAAUUGGCAAAAUUAACCCAGGAAACAGGAUUGGGAUGGGUAGAUGUGUUACCCAUAACACUGUUUCGUGUUCGGUGUGCACCCACAAAAAGACUUAAGUUGUCACCUUUUGAGCUCCUGUAUGGGAGGCCACCCUCCUUUGUUCAGGAUAUUCCAGCUGACCUCAAACAAAUAGGAGACCAUGUGACACAGGGACAAGUGCAAUCUCUCUCCCGUGUUUUUGUUUCUCUUAACAGGUGGGCCCUCGAGCGCACGCCGUGCAGCAUUGCCGAGCCGAUUCAUCAGUUCCAGGCUGGCGAUAGCGUAUGGGUGAAAGAGUGGAAACGUGAUCCACUUGCACCUAAGUGGCGUGGGCCUUACACCGUCUUGCUCUCUACUCCAACAGCGGUGAAGGUAGCUGAGGUGACCCCUGGAUUCAUCACUCCCGUUUGAAGAAGUCCGAAGGCAGUUGGACGUGCAAAGGUGACCCCUCUAAUCCUUUUAAACUGACUCUCUCCAAAAACCCCUGUAUCUAGCCCUACGGGGAACGGGCUAGGUCACGGGCAACAUUAGACGACUGGCCUGCUGCAGCCACAACCUGGAAGCUGGCUGACCUGCGCACGCCUGAAGCUUGAGGAGCGUCUGAACCAGCGAUUGUGAACAGGAAGAUUCUCUUAUACAAUUGAUUGACUGCCCCCCCCUGUGGAACAAUUAUCAGGGAUAUUACUCAUUGGGGAUCCUCGGGAUAUAUGUUUUGGUCUUGGUGGUUCCCCAUUUCUGUCAUUGGGGAAUUAUAUUGGGCCUAAUAUUUUUUGUUAUCACAAUAAGGUAAUCUUUUGUGGAAGAAAUGCAUAUACUAGACAUCAACAUGAUUUUAUUAUUAAUCCUGAUCCCUUGGGAAGGGGAAGGGUCCUUGAAUCUGACCAAAUUUGCUAAAUAUGGAUUCCGCCAUGACCACAAUAUGUGGGUAGGCUUAGCUGAGAUGGUAGCCAAUGUUACAAAUAGGACCAAUUGCCUUGUUUGCUCUCUUGGACCAGAUGAUUCAGAGGGAGGUAUGCCCUUAUUACCGAUACCAUUAAAUGCCAUUGGUAUGGUAAGCGAAAUGCCACACCAAACAGAAGUACAGAAUUUCCCCGGAUGGAACUCAACUAAACCAAUACGAGUUAUACCUGUGCAAGGGGAAUUCUGUGUACAUAAAUUAUCAGCUGCAGCUGAUUCUAUUAUGAUAGGCUCUUCUCAUUGCCACUAUACUUGGGAUUAUAUUAAGAAUAGUCAAACCUGGGCAAACGGUACUACCUAUCGAACUCGGAAUACCUUGCCCUGUGCACCUCCUUUUAUUCAUGCAUGGAAACUGGUGUGGAACAUAACUGUGACAGAAAAAGGCAAUCUAACAUACUGCACUGUGAACUCUAUGCCCCUUUUGAUAUUUCGCCUUAUGCACUCCACGUACCAAAACCUCAGACCCGAUGGUUGUGGUGGAUAUGUGGAGAAUGGGCAUACAAGCAACUCCCUCCCAAAUGGAGUGGGACUUGUUUCCUGGGAUGGGUAUUACCACCAAUGUGGAUUAUGCCCACUAGUUCGGCAAAGCGUACACGAAGAAACGCUGAUAUUUCUCAUAUAGCAGGAGGAAGUACCCAAAGUUGGAGUGAUACUGAUGAUUGGCCACCAGAGCGCAUUAUAGCCUAUUAUGAGCCUGCCUCCUGGAAUCCUGAUGAGCUCAUACAAGGGGCACGGGAUCCUAUUUAUAAUCUAAACAGAAUAAUUCGAUUGCAAGCAGUAGUGGAACUUGUAACCAAUGCAACGGCCCAGAGUUUGAGACUUAUUGCACAACAGUUGGAUGAAAGUAGAGCCGCCAUUUUGCAGCUGAAAAUGGGAAUGGAUUAUGUACUUGCCAGGCAGGGAGGCCUAUGUGGAGUCUUGAACUUGACAGGGAAUGCCUGUUGCUUUAACAUUUCUGAUAAUGGUGAGGCAAUCCGUGUGUUGGCCACAAAGAUGGAGAGUAUAGCACAUGUCCCAGUACAAAUAUGGGAAGGAUGGGAUAUGGGAUGGCUCACCAAUUGGUUACCUAAUGUUGCGGGACUCAAAGGGAUACUAUUGUCUUGCUUGUUUUUCUUGACGGUAGUAGUAAUGGUUUUAUGUACGGUGCCAUGUAUCAUUUCAUGUUUUAGAAGUACAAUUAGCAAGAUGAUUUCAAAUGAAACUUUACCUCAUAUUAUGGCCCUAUACAGAGCUUUACCUCAGGAAUAUGACGAAGGUCAAGCUAUCAAGGACACUUGGGAUGAAGGUCCUUGAGCUUGAAAGGGGGGAAUGAGGCAUCUGAUCAAAAUCUGCUUUGAGCUUAAAAAAUUAUAUUUGUAAAUAUAUUUUUCUCUGCAAGGGAGAAGAGCAGCUGAAUACUCCGGCAGCUGUUCAAGGGGCCCCACUGCUAUAAAUAAAAGUAUUUCAAGGUUGUAAAAGGAAAUUAGAGCCAGAGAGCAAAAGGUCACACUGACCAGAAUACAAUCAAGCUGUAAAAACACAAUUAAGAACUGGUAAAUAGUGAAAUUUAUUGUUUAACAGAAGACUCGAGCCAUAAGGUUAAAGGUUAAAUGGAAGAGGUUGCUCUUAGAAACAGCUGCUGGUUAGGGAAAAAGGCCUCUCUCCAAACUGUUUUGAAGCUUCAGAGAAUUUACUAAGUUCCUUCUAAUUUGAAAAGGCCUUUCCUUCUAAAAAUCUAUCUAUGUUAUGUAUGAAAUAUAUUGGCUUAAAUGUGAUUAUGCAAAGGAUUUAGAAAGUAAGAAAUGUUAGAUUCUUAUGUUAGAUUCCUAUUAUGGUGGGUGAGAAUGUGAACUCAAGAUCUCUUUAAGAUAAAAAAUUAGAAACCAUGCACCAUCUGCUUUAGCCAUCUGGUUUGCGGUGAAUAGGGCAACAGGGGCCAAAGGUUAUCUGGUAAUUGAGGUGCCUGGUCGAGGUAAAUGUAAGAUAUAUGGCUACUUGUCUGCCAUUUAUGGAUACAAGGAAAUAUAGCUUUUUGUCUCCCAUAAAAGGGAAUAGGAAAUGGGUGUAUCUUUUAUGAUUGGUUCUAGCAAACAACCAAUAGGAAUUUCAACCAGGAUGAUUGGACAGAGGCAGCCAAAGGAGGAGCAAGGGGGCUGGGCUGAGGAAAUAUAAGUGCUGGCCAUCAGGGCUGGAGUAGGCAGAGCUUUGGUAUCCAUAUACCACUGUGUCUCUCAUUUAUUUGUCUGACAAAUAAAUUAUUAUUUUAAUUUCUCUAUUGCUGCGUUGAAUAUUUCAUUCCAGCUAAGCGUUAACCACAAGCAGGGUGCUACAGUGCUGACACAUGAAGGACCAUAAGUCUCCCAACCAACCACAGCAUGUACACAGUGGACAUUUUUCCUGCAUGAUAAAAUAGGAGACUGGUUUGGGGCGGGGGGUGGGGUGGGACAGAGGUGAGGGUUGGAAUGCAGUGUUUUCAAGAGAAUGAGAAAAACAUUUGGAGAUAUUACAAUGCAGCUUGUUGUGACAUCAUUGUACAGAUGGAAGCCAAUUUGAGUGUUCUCUUAUAAUGGCAAGGGCGCCCACCUGAGAGGUGCCAGAACUGAGUUCGAGUUCCGGCUGGGGGGAAAAGCCCCGUUUGCAGCUAUUAAAGACACAACAACAAGGCCAAGGUUUGGGGUGAAACUAACAUAGCUACAUCUUGAUGCACCUAUCCUGCUCUUUCUGGAAGAAAAUCGUGAAAGUGUACUGUUGAUACGUACCUCAGUUAACUCAGAGCAUCAGCUAUCGCUGGCCAAACAGCACGGGUGGAAAUUCCACCUCAGCUCAGUCUCAAAUCAUGCUUUGCGAUGGAGCCAUUUCACAUGUUCAGCGGCUAAGUGACGAGAAAUCAAGCAGUGCGUCGUCCUGUGUGCAAACAGGCCCGUGAGCGCUGAAUGGCCCUCAGGAGUUUUAACUAGGGAUGGGAAACUUUGGCGCUCCCAGAUGUUGUUUGCCUACAGCUCCCAGCAGCCCCUGCCUCUAUGGGGCAACCGGUCAGGGAUGAUGGGAGUUGUAGUUGAAACAACAUCUGGAGGCCCACAGCUUCCACAACCCGGAUGGACAGGGCUCCACACAUCCCAACAAGUGAACAGUAACUCGACGCAUGCAACCUUUUGCACAUUCCAAGCUGUUCCCUCUAUGAAAGCAAAUGGAAGGCCCUUGAGAGCUUGUGAAGCCCUUGUAUCUGCAAAGGGUACAAGUGGACUGGAAGAGGGGGCCACUACAAUUAUGUUAUUACAAGGCCCUGCACUCAAGCUUUGUUGCUGCAAAAGACUGUCACUGUGUGCGUGUGUGUGUGUGUGUGUGUGUAGACGUAACAAUGGCAUUUGUGUUCAACAUUCAAAUCUUUCUUGCUUUCAUUUCAUUUGGUUUCUAGAUUGUCCAAGUUGCAACUGUGUUUUAUUUAUUUUUUUGCAGGUAGCAUUUCCUGCUGUAACAAUUCUCUACAGUUCUGGUAUGAAAUUGAUGUAUUUGUUUAAAAGGGGAACAACAUGUUUGUUCUCUGACUUAUUUAAUUUUUUGUGGUUCCUGAACCCCAUUGGUGCACUAUGCAAUGGGCUUUUGUGGUGUGUCAUGACGGAAGUUUAUACAGAUAUCUUAAUGGAGUGACCUUUAUUUUGAGAAUGAUUGUGUUGUUGACUAUUAUAUAAUAUAUAUAAAUAUAAAUAUGUUGACUUACUGACACAUGGAAAAGAAAUCUAAAUUUACCAAAUGUGUAUAUUUUAAUAGAUGCAUAAAGCUUCAUUGUGUGCCUUUAUAUUUACAAAAAAUAAAAAACAGGGGUUUAUAAAGAAAGCCAGAGAGAAAAAACAUCUCAACUGAACUGUCCAUACCUUUUAAAUGAAAUAUUAAACCAAAAAAAAGAGGGGAGACGGGAAGGAAUCCCACAGCCUCUAUGCUGAUAUAUACAAAUAUAUGUUUAACUUGCCAGUAUCUGAAGGUCUGAUAUUUUUCAAUGCUAAAAUGAAUUAAAUGUAAACAAAUUUUGCCUUAAGAGCUUGGGUGGGGGGGAAUCCUUUGUAGAGGAACAGUUGAAAUGGGCUGAUUUUGAAAUUUAUUUGCAUUGUUGUGGGGGGGUGGAUAGUUGUUCGUUUACACAAUAAAACAUGGGGGGAAAUGACUGCUGACUCAGUUUUAGGGGCAUUCCUCUCAUCCUCUGUCUACUUUUUAUUCUCUCUUUCUCUCUCUCUGCUUACAUUAAACUGGUAUCAAAUUUUUAAUAG